CGCGAGGAAAGCGACUACAACUCCCGGCGGGCCUUGCGCCGCUCCCCCCUUUUCCGCCUUGUUGCCGGGCAACGGCAGGGACACAAGAUGGCGUCUCCCAGGCGGCCUUUUCUCCCCUGAGAGAAAGAGAGACCGAGACCCCCACGAAGGACCCCCUUGGCCGACAUGCAUUCCCGCUCGGCUUUCUACGGACGCAGCGCCAUCCGGAGCGCGCACAGCGGCGAUGACGCCCGGUCGGGCGGGCUGCGCUCCUGGGCGACCUCGCCGUCCGUCACCUUCUCGCUCCUCCUCAGCCGCUUCGACGAGCGCUUCCCGAGGGGCAUCGCCACCGAAGGCCUGGAAGGCAACGCCACGUUCAACCAGGAGGACGAGGAGGAGCUCGCCGUCGAGGAAGAGGAGUCCACCGAGUCCGAACCGGAGCCCGAGCCCAUGGAGGUGGGUGCAGGGGGGGUGGUUCGCCGCCCCUAACCUGGGUUGGCAUCUCUCUGUCUAUAAAGGGAGGGGGCGCUACUCGGCGAACUACGGGCACGGGUUCGUUUGGGGAGGGCGCCCCUACAAGGAGAAUUACGGGAGCGCCGACCCUUCUUUCCGCGGGGAGGAGGGGCUGCCGACGUGCUAUUUGGAUAAUUACGGGAACGGCGACCCCGCACCUAUAGGGAGAAAUACGGGAGUCCCCCUCUGGGGAGGCGCGCCUAGAGGGAGAAAUACGGGAGGCUUAUUUGCAUGGUGGAGUGGAAGGGUUCGCGCUACUCGAAUGAUUACGGGAAGUUUUGGGUUAAGGGAGUGGGGGGGGGGCUCGCGUGCCCGGCCGUCCUUUGUAAUAGUAAUAAUAAUAAUAAUAAUAAUAAUAAAAUUAUUAUUUAUACCCCGCCCAUCUGGCUGAGUUUCCCCAGCCACUCUGGGUGGCUUCCAAUAGAGUGUUAAAAACAAUACAGCAUUUGUUUAUUUAUUUACUCCAUAACAUUUGUAUGCCGCGUUUGCAAAGCAAUUUACAAAAAAGCAGAAACCCCCUGGGUAGUGCUGGGAGAAAUCUUAGAGAGCUGCUGCCAGUAUGUGUAGAAAACACUGAGCUAGAUGGACCAAUUUGAAGCUUUCUAAGGCAGCUUCUCCUCCUGAUCCCAUUUGGGGGAAGAGCCCAUGUAUCUCAGGGGGCAGAAACAUAGAAACAGAGUUGGAAAGGGGCUGCUGGGAGGAGCGCAGAGAGAAGAAACGCCAAGGUGCAUCUGUAGCAGCACAACCGGACGUCUUCAUCUGCCCCAGCUGCAACAAAACAUGUCUCUCCCAUAUCUGUCUCUGCAGCCACAGCGGACGCUGUAACUGUCCAUGGUUUGAGUUUGACUUCACCCCCAAAGGCGCACUCUUCCAUUGCCAAUCAGGGUUGGACGGGACCACGAGGGUCAUCCUGUCCAUCCCCCUGCAAUACAGGAAUCUUUUGGCCAACACGGGGCUCGAACCCACAACCCUGAGAUUAAGAGUCUCAUGCUCUACCCACUCAGCUUUCCCAGGCUUUGCAGGCAGAAGGUCUGAGGUUCAUUUCCCGGCAGCAUCGCCUGGCAGGACUGGCGAAGAGCCGUGUCUGCAACUCUGGAGAGCCGCUGCCAGUCAGUGUAGGCAGUACUGAGCUGGAUGGAUCAAUGGUCUGCUUCAGUUUAAGACAGUUUCCCAUGUUUCUGUUUGGGAAGAGCCAUAGCUCAGUGGUUGAGCACCUGUUUGGCAUGCAGAAGGCUCAAGAUUCUGUUCCCAAUGGCAUCUCCAGGUAGGACUGGGAAUGGCUGUGCAGCUUGGGACCCCAGAGAGCCACUGGUCUAGAUGGAGCACUGAUCUGGCCUCAAUAAUAAUAAUAAUAAUAAUAAUAAUAAUAAUAUAUUUCUACCCCGCCCAUCUGGCUGGGUUUCCCCAGCCACUCUGGGCGGCUUCCAACAGAAGAUUAUAAAUACAUUUAUAGCGGCUUCCUAUUUGUUUUUACUGCUUAAUACAAUUGUUAAAUUAACCACUUAUGCUUAUAUUAAAUGAAACAUUCAGGCGAGGACCUAGCAAUGCCAGUAUAGCUCUUGUUUCAUGCGUUACAUCAUCCAGCUGCAUCCCAGGGCCCCAGAAGAGGCAAGGCGGAUGGUUACUGGAACCAGGAUUUUAUUGAGCAAGGAACAUCUGUGUGGCAAAGUAAUGUUCUUAGCGUACCAACCACUUUUGUGCUGUUGCACCUACCUAAAUGUGUGGAAAUGAUCAACGACUUGGUGGGGCAUUCCUGAGGCCUCGUGCCAUCCAUUCUGAUCUAACACUUUUAUUAUAUAAAUAAGAUGACCUACUAAUUAUCAUAGAUAAGAAUAAAAUAAUUGCUAUCCUCCCAGUUUCUGGGUUGUAGCCCAAUGAUGGCAACAUUCCCUAGUAAAGGCUGCAACCUCACCUCACCCCUAGCAUUGGAUCGUCUUCUCUCCUGGGCUGCAGCUCAUCACUUUUGCCUGGUCAGUGGCCUUACAAGCCAGCGCUGAGGCUGCUGUGUGCCUCACUUGGAAACGGUGUUUGAAACCCAGAUAUAUAAGCUAAUUGCCAAAUGGCAGGUUUGCCAGAAAUGGAAAUGGGCUCCUGACACUUCUAGUCUGUAGCCCUCUGUUUAUUUUGCACUGAUUGAGUGAAGGUAUUUGUCAUGUUCCUCUGGGGAAAGGACCCAGCUGGAGCCCUAAUCUUCUCUCACAGUUGGCCAUACCUCUUUAGGGAGGAUGUCCGGCUUUGAUUAUUUUAGCCCAACCAAAACUCUGCCUUUCUCUCUCUCAGGAGGAAUUUGAUGGUGUGCUGACUGAAGAAAUGACUGCUGAAGCUCUGCAAAAAUUGGGGCGUUCAGCCCCGGGCACAGAACAUGUCUACCUCGAUCUGUCACUUUUGGUGAGUUAAUGGCAAAUAGUUUUGCGGUCAAGCUACAUCCUCUCCCAUUUGAAUCCUUAACUUGGCCUUAUUGGCUGGACUGAUGACCUUUUGUUUGAGUUCAUGAUCAUGUGCUUCUAGACCUAUUGAAUAUGUGAUAUUUGAGGCAUUAGGUCUGAUGCUUCAUUAAGAAAUCCCCUCUGCCCACUAGAACUCUGCUGCUGCAAAGGACCAAUGUUACUUGAAACUGUUAUGAUUUUGAAAUGAUUGCAUGGUAGGGUGGGAAGAGUGUCCAACCUUGUCCCAAACGCAGGGAUUUGGUUGCUUUGAGGCGUUUUAUAGGAAGCAGUUCAUAAGUGGAAUGAGUUAAAUAACUAGGAAAUGUUUUUCCCAGCUGCAUAAAACAAUAAUUGUUUUUCAGUGUUUCAGUCUGACACAUGACAAUGAGAGAUCUGCAUUGGCUCCCAGUACGUUUCUGAGCACAAUUCAAAGUGUUGGUGCUGACCUUGAAAGCCCUAAACAGCCUUGGCCCAGUAUACCUGAAGGAGCGUUUCCACUCCCAUCGUCCAGCCCGGACGCCGAGGUCCAGCGCCGAGGGCCUUCUGGCGGUUCCCUCACUGCGAGAAGUGAGGGAACCAGGCAGAGGGCCUUCUCGGUAGUGGCGCCCACCCUGUGGAACGCCCUCCCUUCAGAUGUGAAGGAAAUAAGCAGCUAUCUUAUUUUUGAAAGACAUCUGAAGGCAGCCCUGUUUACGGAAGUUUUUAAUAUUUAAUGCUGUAUUGUUUUUAACACUCAAUUGGGAGCUGCCCAGAGUGGCUGGGGAAACUUAGCCAGAUGGGCGGGGUAUAAAUAAUAAAUUAUUAGAAGUACUACUACUACUACUACUACUACUACUACUAUCUCAUUCAGAAGCCUCAUUAUUUAUUAUUAUGCUGUGUGCUUUGGUUUUUUGUAAACUGUCUUAUGAAGGCAGGGCACCCCCAAAUGGCAAGUGAGAAUUCUUAAAUGAAUGAUGUCCAGCUGAUUGCAGAUCAAAUUGAGAAUGUAACAGGAGAGCCUGCUUCGUCAGGCCAGUAGUGAAUUUGAUCCAUCAUCCUGUUCUCCCAGUGGCCAACCAGAUGCCUCUGGGAAACCCACAAGCAGGGGAUGCUCCCAGUAGCCCUCUCUUGAUCAUCACCAUCAUCAUCAUAUUUAUAUGCCGCCCAUCUGACUGGAUCACCCUAGCCACUCUGGGCAGCUUCUAUCAUAUACAGAAACAUAACAAAACAUCAAACAUAAAAAACUUCCAGGUACCUUUUAAAGGUUGUAUAGUUACUUAUCUUAUAAUUUCUCUUACUCUUGAUCCCCAUCCGCUGGUGUUCAGAGGCAUACUGCCUCUUGAAAGGUAAAGGGACCCCUGACCAUUAGGUCCAGUCGUGGGCGACUCUGGGGUUGCAGCGCUCAAUCUCGCUUUACUGGCCGAGGGAGCCGGCGUACAGCUUCUGGGUCAUGUGGCCAGCAUGACUAAGCUGCUUCUGGCGAACCAGAGCAGCGCACGGAAAUGCCGUUUACCUUCCCGCCGAAGUGGUACCUAUUUAUCUACUUGCACUAUGACGUGCUUUCGAACUGCUAGGUUGGCAGGAGCAGGGACCGAGCAACAUGAGCUCACCGCAUUGCGGGGAUUUGAACUGCCGACCUUCUGAUCGGCAAGCCCCAGGCUCUGUGGUGUAACCCACAGUGCCACCCGUGUCAUACUGCCUCUUAGGGUAGAGGUAAUGUAUUCUUUGGGUAGGGAGGAGAGGGGGAGGGAGACAAGCAAAGGCAGCACCAGGACCUGCUACAGUGGGGAUGGUGGUUUUGGAUUUGGAGCACAUUGUUUUGGGGCUAUCUGUUGUGUUUGGUAACUGUUGUCAGCCACUUUGAGGACUCUGGUUGAAAAGGAAGGAAGCAAACAGGGGUCAUGGAGACAAGUUGGGGAUUCUGUUGGUGUAUCCCGACUCCCCUUACCUGGACACAGACAUGCUCCCAUAUACCAUACGUUAAUGGAACUUGAACAUUAGGUUGUUAAUUUGCCCCAGUAGGUGAGAGGAUGAUGGCCAAAUGGGACUCGAGGGGAUGAAUUCUUUUUGGAAAGACUUUAGGGGGUUAAUGAAGAACCUCAUUUUCAGAACUGUGCCUUGGUGUCUUCUUGAAACAGAAGGCAAGUGCAGGGUUACACAUGCUAACUCCUUUCCCCCGUUUUCUUCCCACAGGACCGCAAAUUAAGUGACAUUAGCAUUCUCUGCAGAUACGUCCACCUUGAGAAGCUAGAUCUUUCUUACAAUAAAAUUGAUGGUACGUAGCUGCCACUUUUGUAAGUCUCUUGGCUGUAAAGCUUUUUCGGGUAUAAGGAAAUCAAGAAGAAAGGAGGAGAAAACAAUGAGAAUGAUAACAUUACAACGUGGCUUGGAAUGAAAAUAAGAGUGGUCCCUGCAAAGGAUGUAAGGAGGGUUGGGAGAAGUCCUGAGCACAUAAGAGGGAAUGGUCUGUACAGAGGCCUGUGAGUGUGCAGGAAACCUGCAAGGUAUGGAAUCUGCCAAUUGUGUUCAACUCCCUAAGAAUCUCAGUCUCCUUUUUAAAAGGAAAGGAAGAAGUAGUUUCUAGCUCAUAUUUUUUGCAAAGACAAACUUAUGCACGUGUGGACAGCAUUUUGUGAAAUAAACCAGAAUUGCUGAAUAACACUUCCAGCUGUCAUCAAGUAGUGUUUUUGAGAUCCUCGUCUCUCCCUGCCCCACCACCUCGUGGUUAGCAGAGGAGGGACAUGUAUAAUGGUGAAAAGCCACAGAAUAACUUAUGCAAAAUGGAGAAAAUCCUGCAAAUUGACUCAUUUUGCAUAUGUAUCCUGGGCGUAUGACAUUGUUCUAUUAAUAGCAGAGUAGGUAUGUUUUCAUAGCUCUGAGUCUACACAGCCCUGACGUCCAGUUUCUGCGCUCCAUGUAUUUUUCUUACUUCUACCCCCUGCCCCGUGUUCUUUCGUUUCCAGAUAUUUCAUGUGUGAGUUACAUGCCUUACUUGUUGGACCUGAACGUUUCCCAUAAUGAACUAACCACAUACUUUGACUUCAAACCACCCAAGAAUCUUCAAGUAAGAAUUUUGUGGGUUCUGUUUGAGUUCAGGUCUCCUCAGUGCAGCUGGCUAGCCAACCAGAUUCUAAGCAAGUAAGGAAAGGAAUGAUUUCAUUUGCCAUUUCUUGGAAAUCUUCAGCCAAUUGAGCCUAUAUGGAGUUGAGCCUACAGUUUUCUCUGAACUUUCUUGCAGCACCAACAAUCUUGUUCUGCCUCUGGUCCCCAUGUAAGGUUUUUCCUUGAAUCGCCUAGUUGUCCGAUGCAAUCUUAAGCCAACAUGGCAAAGGUAUUUUUAGAUUCAAAACGUGUCGGAAGCAAACAAUGCCAUCUUUAGAGGGAGUUGUGAUCCAAAAUUUCUUUGGGUCCUCAAGCUGGUAUAUUAAUAGAGAGCAGAGAAGAUUGACCCAGAGCAUGGAGGCAUAUAAAAGAAAUGAAACUGAUGUCGAGAUAGUGGUGAUCUUGUGGCAACGGUCUUUAGUAGUUGAAAUUGGCAGGAAAAGGUGCUCUGUUUGUUCUCUUCCCUCAGGGGUUCCUUUCAGAACCUGUCACGGCAUGGAGAACUCUGUGUGUGUUUAUCGGUGCUCCGGUAUGCAUUCUGAAGCUUCUGAUUCAACAUAGACGUGUGCAAGUGGAGCAAAACAGUGCUAGAAAAUUUCCAAAGUGCUGUUUUGCAAAAUAUUUUUGUUGUCUCUGAACAGGCCUUGUUGCUGUCUGCAAAGAAAUUGCUGCUAGCAGCCUAGUGAACGGAUUUCCAGGUUGGAAGGACAGCUGUUGUUAAGCUUCCCCUGCUGCCUUUUUUCUUCCCCAUGGUCAUUCUUCUCAUCUCUUCCCCAUCCCUUUUACAAGGCUGUGGUAUAGGAAAGGAUCCCUUUUCUUCCUUUCCUGUACAUGCUCCAGGCAUACCCACUGUCUUCUUUUGCCCAGGGUGCUUCUGGGUCCUGUAACGGGUGCGUUUGGAGCUGCAUCGGGCAGCACUUUGGCGCUGGAGCCAACUGGGCUGUCCUGUGCAAAGACAGACAGAACAUGCUGCUUUGCCAGCCCUGUCAGCUAACUGGCUGGUGAAGCCGAGCAGCCUGUCUCCACUUUGUCAGCCGGAUUCCUCAGUGGCUGUAAAGCAGUGGUGGAGCCUGAUCAACUUCUGUACCAGCCACAGGGGAAGUGAUGCCACUUCCAUAAGCCACUGCCAGCACAGAAGCAAGUCAGGCUGGUAAAGCCAAGCGCUCUUCCCCCAAUUUGCAAGCCUGAUCGUUCACCUACAGGCAAUUUCACACAUACGUCUGCUAAAGCCAAUGACGACCAAGCAAGUGGUUAAAUGCAGGCAGUUCUAAACACAUGCACACCCCAUGUUUGUGCUCCAGUCGUGUGUCCAAUUCGAACAGAAGACCUUUUGGUUCCGCAGAAACAACAAACAUACAAAUUAUAGACCCUAUGAUGGUAUCUUUAUGUAUUCUCUCCACCUACCCCACCUCCAGGUAGCAGAUUUUUCGCACAACAAGAUCCAAGCGAUGCAAGAUCUUUCUGCCUACCAGUCACUUAAGAAGCUCAUACUUGACGGUAUCCUUUUGGGAGUGAAAGAGAAAUUCUGGAGAGAAGUGGGAUACGACAGAGUGUUGGAAGAUCAACCCUGGGGGCUUUUAAACAAACACACAAAUCUUCAUUCUGUGAUCGAGUUUGGUCCAGGAUGCAAUUUAAUGUUGAUUUUGUUUUCAUCGGUGGGUUGCCCUGUCCAGAAGGCUGGAAUAUGGUUUCCAUGUGUGUGGUUGUUGUUGUUGUUUUAAAAAAUCCAUACCAAAAGAUGGAAUGAUAGUGCAUCAUACGCUAAAUGCAUUUUUCUAAUUUUACUCCAGUAAAAUGCAACAACAGCAGAUCCCAAAGGCAACAAGAUUGCAAUAUUCUUCUUGUAUAUAUUCAGUGCAAGAGAAAUCGUGGUGAGUUGAAAUGUAUCUCUCUUGAAUUACCCAGAUAGUGAGCCUGGCCAGCUGAAGUUUCCUUUGGGGUGAUAUUGUUGUGCCCUUGGAUAAGCUGGAUAUCUGGGGUUGGGGUGCCUUGCUUUAGUGGGAGGUCUCCCAAAAAGAUAAUUCUGGAUUGGGCCUUUCAGACUCAUGUACUAUCCUAAUCUGUUGCAAAUAGGUUCAUUUUCUAUCUCUCUUCUACACACACACACACACACACACACACACUGUUGAUCUUGGUCAUUGUGAUUCUGGAUGAAGGAGAAGUGACUUCUUGGGCACAUAACCAAAAGAGACGGGUGGGAGCUGUAGAGCAAAAGAAUAUUGAAACCCGAGUACUUCUAAUAUCAGUAUGAGGAAUGCUUGCUAAGAAGAUGUUUGUCGUCCACAGGGAGGCUGGCCCUGAGUCAUUCUCUCUCCCAGGGGGCUUAGAGAAAAAGGAUAAACAAGUCUGCUGGUCUCUCUGCAUCACCUGGAUACAAAACACUGGUGCUUUAACUCUUGCUUCCCUGGUCUUUGAAAUGAAUUUGGUGGAAACAGUGCCAAGGCAGCCUUAGGGCCCACGCUCUUCAAAACUGUCCAACUGCAAGAAUUUCUACGAUGUGCUGGCAAGAGAGCUGUCUAGUAGGGCAAGAUUGUGCCCUGGCCAACUUCCCAGUCCUUCAUGCAAUUGCCCUCCUAGCAGAGUGCUGGAGGCCUCAACUUCAUGUGGCUCAAGAAGUGAAGCCAAUGUACUAAAGGAGAACAUCUGACCUGGGGGUGGGGGUGGAUGGGAUUCCUGCAUAACCUCAAAUGUGCUGAUCAUUCAAGUUCUAAGGAUAUCCUCGUGGCUCAUACAAGUUGCUGGAAUAGCUCCUGUCAAACUGUAUCCAUUCUCUUUCUCUCUGUGUCCAUCUGUCUCUCUCACCCACCCUUAUCUGACUACCUCAAAGAACCAUAAGAGUUGGGAGGGACAUUUGCCCAAUGCGGGGCUUGAAUCCACAACCCUGGGAUUAAGAGUCUCAUGCGCUACCAAUGGACCUCUACUCAGUGCUGGCGCCAGGCUAUUUUGUGCUCCAGGCAAGGCUAACUACUUGCACCCCUGCUCCCAAAUCACUCACUGCAGUUUUCAGAAACAGAUGCCUUGGUAUGAAUUGCUUCAAAAAUGACGAAAUUCUUCAGAACGUAAACUCAAGAGUCAAAUAUCAGAAAUUCGUAAGAUGCAACAAAAACUAAUCUUUGUAAAACGGUGUCCCUCCAAGGUCACUUCUGCUGCCCUCUGAGGUCUGUGCCCUCGGUGGCUGCCUGCCUGGGCUAACAGCCCCAGACCUGCCUCUUUGUUUAUUCCCAUGUGACAUCCCAACAAGUAAAGGGACCAGAUCAGCCCUGUCCUUCCAUGGCCAAUCUGCUUUGCUCCUUGAUUGUUGGUGGAGAUAUAGGAUUCUCUCCCUUUCCCAUUCAGAUCACAGUCCCAUCUUUCAGACUGUAAAAUUCUAUGCUCAACUUGAUCUGCCCAAAGGGCUGGGACCCUUGCCUUGCUAGAUUAUGUCAGGCUGGGGGUGUUGGCAAGGAGCUUUGGCUUGACUUGCACCCCACUAGAUAGGCCAAGGCAAGCAUAUCUCCUGCCUCCUGGCACACGUGGGCAGCCUGUAUUUGCCCCUGGCUGCUCCCUGGACCGUUGGCAACCGCAGAAUUGUGCCUGUACAUUUUCAAAGAAGAAAGGGGAAUAAGAUCUAAAAUGGCUCUUCUUCAAAGGAAGCAGGCCACAGCUGUCCAUCCAGCCCAGUGUCCUGUUUCCAACAGAGGACCACCAAUUUUUCUGGGUGGCCCCUAAGAAGCAGGAUGUGAACAAAAGAGGCAUCCCCUGUUACUUGGCCCCCCUAUUCCAAGCAGCUGAUCAGCAAGCUUAACAUGGCUAAGAGCUGUGGGAAAGGCUGAGCUCAAUGAAUAUGUGUUUGAUUCCAUUUAUGAAUCGCUUCCCAUGAAAUGUCUCAAAGCGAUUUUGCAAUAAAAGCAUCAGCGACGAAGACAAUUAAAAACAAGUCCAGACAAUUCAUAUAUAAAAAAAACAAUUUCAGAUUCAGCACAGACUCAGACUGGGAUACAGAUCUCCACUUAAGAGACUUUUUGGAAAAGGAAGGUUGCCCCCUUUCAAGGCAGUGGUGGCCACCUGUUGCUGCUCUUUUCUGCCUACCCUCUUGCCUCCAACGCCAGCCCUCAUCCUGCCAGCUUGCACACGAUCGAGCAGAAUAUCAUGCCCGACAGGGUUUUUUUUUUUCCAGCUUGGCAAUACAGAGCUCAGUCUUGGCUGUUCAGGUUACAUUAUUUGUGUGUUUCACAAGGUGUUCGGGUGACAUCGCUCUUGUCAGCCGGUGGCCUAGCAACUUGCUCCCUUUGCAAUUAUAAUUUCCCAUAGCAGAAGCAGAAAUAAUGUGACAGGAGUGAAAUGUGGGCCAAGGCUGAUUAUUGCUCCUCUGAAUAGAAAGAGGAUGUGUGGGGUUGGGCGAGGGGCGGGAGAGAAAGGAAUUGCUUUGCAUGCGGCGAGCACCGGGCUAUCUCUGCUUCGCUCAUUUGUAUUGUCUCCGGCAAUGUGGCCAAAUCAGCCAUGAUAUCCGCGGAACAAAAGGAAGAUUGCGACAUACUGAGCUAAGAAAAGAUUCUGUGCACCCCACAUAAGAAAGCUUCACUUGGGCGAUAGGACCAUGAUGGAGAGAGUGGGGCACAGAGAUUGGAAAGAGCUUCAGUUGUGCAGGUUGGAUAAUAAAAUGAGAGCCAACACCGGCCAUGAUGCUCUCCAGACACCAGCAAAGGUGUUGUUGCUCUUUCCCUUCAUCUCUGUUGUAAAAGCCCUUGUUUAGCUUGCAGUGAGAACAGAACCAACCCUCUAUUCAGUUUUAACUGAAGCCCUAAGAAGCUGCCUUAUCCUGAAUCAGACUUCUGGUCCAUCUAGGUCAGUGCUGCUCACACAGACAGGCAGCAGCUCUCCAGAAUUUCAGGUGGGGUUCUCUCCCAGCCCUUCCUGGAGAUACCAGGAGCUGAACCUUGAGACCUUCUGUGCUCCAAGCGGGUGCUCCACCACUGAGUUAUGGUUGCUCUGUUUGUUAGGAUCAAAGCGUGUGCUCUGUCUCUGAGCUCUGGGUCCUCGCACCUAGAGAAAAAGAGAACUGGGAAGUUAGCAAGAGUAGAACCUGCGCCUCCCAGUCCAGGUAGCAACAGUCAAACCAUGGAUCCACAGGAAUAGAGAAACUCUCUGAUUCUUGUCCCAUAGCCUGGAUGUUUUCCAAAGACAGCGCUGAGCGUUUUUGUGUUUAGGGUGGCUUUGAAUGAAAAAGCCAGAGAAGAAACGGAUGGUGUGCACUGCCAUUAUAUUUCCCAAGCCGAGGGCUGUUGCACAGCUCCCCUUCAUUUCACUGUGGUGGAUUCUUCAAGAGGAAUUCCUCGCUGGACUCCCGACUGCUAACCACUUUGCGGUGCAAUCUUGUUCCUUAAAUCUUGAUGCUGAUGCACAGAUAACGAAAUUGAGGAGAUCCAGGGCCUUGAGAAUUGCCAGUGCCUGACCUACCUGAGCCUGGCAGACAACAAGAUCACAGCCAUCAAUGGCCUGAAAAACCUGCCUAUCAAAACACUCUGUCUGGUGAGUCGCAGAAUUUUGGGGUUGUGAGGUGAUGCUGGACUGUGAUGCUGGUGGGACGCGGGUGGUUCUGUGGGUUAAACCACAGAGCCUAGGACUUGCCAAUCAGAAGGUUGGCGGUUUGAAUCCCCAUGACGGGGUGAGCUCCCGUUGCUCGGUCCCUGCUCCUGCCCACCUAGCAGUUCAAAAGCACGUCAACGCUCAAGUAGAUAAAUAGGUACUGCUCCGGCGGGAAGGUUCGCCAGAAGCGGCUUAGUCAUGCUGGCCACAUGACCCGGAAGCUGUCUGCAGACAAACGCCAGCUUCCUUGGCCAAUAAAGCGAGAUGAGCGCCGCAACCCCAGAGUCGUCCGCGACUGGACCUAAUGGUCAGGGGUCCCUUUACCUUUAAGGUGAUGCUGGACAUGUUGCAUGCAGUGAUUGGGAAAUCCUUGAGCAGGGGUGGAGGACCUUUUUCAGCUUGAGGGAUGCAUUUUUUUCAUGCAGGUGCCAGGUGAGCCUCUCCAGAGAGAGCAGUCCACAGCCAGGGAGCCACCACUGAAAAGACCCUCUCUUUUGCUACUGCCUUCUGUACUUCUAAAAGGGCUUUACUCCCCCUCCCAGCCCUUUGAUCCUGUGUACCUUUCCUAGUCUGUAGUUCCCACUCUUUCCCCCUUCCCAAAGUGCCCUGCAGCGUCGGGGUUGGAACUAUUGAUAAAAUAUUAGAUGCAGAUAUGUGGGUUGAUGGCGCCGGAUGUAGGAUGAAAACAGUCUAAGAGGCGGGGCUGGGGGGAUGCGACUCAACCCAGCUUGGAGAGGUUCAUUUGAGAAUAAUGAGAAACCAAACUUUUAGUUUCAUUGGCCCAGUCCUGUGGAACUCUCUGCCACUGGAGAUUCAGCAGGCACCUUCUGUGCCAAUUUUUAAACACCUGCUGAAAGCUUCUAAUCCACCAUGCCUACACAGGCAAUUAAGAACACAUCUUUCAGCAAUGGUUAAUUGACAUCUUUUUUAAAAAAUAAAUACCAUUUUACUGUACAGUUUUAUUUUUUUGCUUUGUUGCAAACGGCUGUGAUAUAUUUUCACGAUACGGUGGUAUAUAAAUAUUGUUUCUAGAUUAACAAACAAACAAACCCUCAUAUUAUACCAGAAACUCCAGUUUUAAGUAGGACUAGUAACUAAAGGUAGAAAAUCAAGAGGGAACUGAGGAGUAAAAGAACAAAAGUAAAAUGUAUUCAGAUCUUAAAACUGAAUUAAAUGACAGUACAUGAAAAAUGAUUUCAAAAUGAUGGGUCUGGCUGGGUACAAGGGAGGAGGCUGCUGAUGCCCCAGCAUUUUCUACCUGAGGCUGCAACCUGGCUCACUCCUCCUUAUGCAGAAGCUCCUGCUGGCCCUGGAGUGUCUGAACCAGGUCCAGGUGUAGAGAAAUUAAGUGAUCCCCUCAAAGCACAUGUGAAGGAGAUUGCCGAGUGAGUCAGUCAGCCUUAGAGAGAUAGCAGUUUGCCCAAGAGACAGUCGUGUGUUCAUAAUUCCUUUUGUCGAGGGCUUCCCAAGCUUCUGAUUACUUUUGCAGAAAUCAAACCAGAUAGCGAAGGCUGUUGGCUUGGAAGAACUGAAAGUUCUGCAGAAGUUGGACUUGUCUGACAAUCAGAUCAGCAGUUUGGAAGGUCUGGAAGAGCACAACCUGCUUGAGGAAAUCAACCUAGAAAAUAACCAGGUAAGAUCUUGCACACUAAGUAAUAUUGUUUGGACAAAAUAAAAAAAUCCUUCCAGUAGCACCUUAGAGACCAACUAAGUUAGUUAUUGGUAUGAGCUUUCGUGUGCAUGCACUGAAGAUGGCCUCCUUUGCAAGUUUGUAUGAUAUCUCAUGAUGUGGCAACUGUGCAAGGGCAGUGAAAGGGCCAGUUUGGGCAUUCAGAAGAGCUUUUUCAGGGUUCCAUUUCAGGCUGCCCGUUGAGGAGGUUCUGUGCCUUUUCUGCACAUUCACAGAGCUCUGAUCACGGAAUGGGUCCCUAGAGUAAAUUCUAUAUUUUCCUGCAUCCUAUCUAGGUGGCUGAGCUGGGUGAACUGGAAUAUUUUGAAUCCCUGCCUCUCCUCAGAGUGCUUAAUUUGAUAAACAACCCUGUGCAGGUACGUCAACAGAAAGGAGGUACAAAGGAAGAAGGUAGAUAACUGUUCCAUGAGUGGAAAGCUAUGUGUUGCUGCUGGGCUGCGUCUAUAUCACCAAGGUUUCCCAAACUUUGGUGUCCAGCUGUUGUUGGACUACAAAUCCCAUCAUCCCUGUCCACUGGUCCUACUAGCUAGGGAUGAUGGGAGUUGUAGUCCAACAACAGCUGGACACCAAAGUUUGGGAAACCUGGGCUAUAUUGUUUUGCCAAGAUGGUGCAGGGUCAAGCUUUGGUUUGCUGGCAGAUUUAUUGCAUUUUAUGAUAUUUUGUGUCAGCAAAUACCCCAUAUCAGAACCCCAGAAAGGAGACCUUGGGCCCCAAAGGGAUUUCUGACUGAACAUUAGGAAGAACUUUCUGAUGGUACGAGAUGUUCUUCAGUGGAACAGAUGCCCACGAAAAGUGGUGGACUGUCCUUCCUUGGAGGUUUUUAAGCAGAGGUUGGAUGACCGCCUGUCAUGGAUGAUCUAGAUGACAAUCCUGCAUUGCAGGCGGUUGGACUAGAUGCUCCACAGUGUCCCUUCCAACUCUAUGAUUCUGUGAUUCUUUGCUCACCUCAAGAAGUUCUCAGCUGGGCCUUGGAAUGCCCAGGUGCUUGGGUACCAAUGCACACUAGGGGGGGGGGGGAGGAAAUCAUCUAAAGAUGCAAAGGGGAAAGGGUGGCUUUUGAGCGCCUGCUUUCCUUUGGAAUCUGGAUGCAAUUUCCGUGAGGUGGACUCACUUCUCAUUCAAAGGGUUUGACAAUCUCUCGUGAUUAACGAGCUGCGGCAUCCCAUUUGUCAAUGACAGCAACGUUUAGAGCAGAGUCAAACCUUGUGCAUCAGCAUGAUACAGCACAUGUUGAUAACUUGUCCUGAGCAGUGUGGAAGAUUAACAGCACCGGCAUCUCAAUUUUGAUGGGUUUGAGAUACCCUUUGAAAUGAUUUCCGGAGAUCUGGGAAAGAAAUAUUACACAUAUCUCAGCACCGUCUUCCUCGGUUAAUGUCAGUGGUACAGUCCACCGGGGAUUGCUCUUUAAUUUUGAUGGAACCUGUAUGGGGUGGAAAAAAAUCAUUCUAUCUCUGUAAACCUCUGAACCUUUGCCAAAAGAAGACUAGAUAUGCAUUGGCAGGCUCAGGGCCAUUGGCCCGCAUGGCAUCUUUGUAAAAGCAGAUCUACACCAGAGUUUCCCAACCUUUUUGUGUGCUGGGCAGACAUUCGGAGAGCUCAGAAACUGUUGUGGGCCCUGUGAAAUACCCAUUCCAUGGAAGAAAACUGGUGGUGCUUGGAACCCUCCUCCUGAAAUAGGCAAAACAAGUACAGUGGUACCUCUGGUUACAUACGCUUCAGGUUACAGACUCCACUAACCCAGAAAUAUUACCUCGGGUUAAGAACUUUGCUUCGGGAUGAGAACAGAAAUUGUGCUCUGGCGGCAUGGCAGCAGAGGGAGGCCCCAUUAGCUAAAGUGGUGCUUCAGGUUACGAACGGUUUCAGGUUAAGAACAGACCUCCAGAACGAAUUAAGUUCUUAACCCGAGGUACCACUGUACACACACCACCCCAACAAACAAACAAACAAAACACAGACAAAAAGUAGGCCUUACUCCAGUUUUGGAGUAAGAGUCCAGUCUUGGACUCUUUCCCCCCCCCCCCCACAAACCAAAAGCAACCCCUCCCGCAAAGCCAAAAAUUGCUUCAAUUAAAAACAUUUUAAAAUAAAGAAGGGACAGGGUGUUGGUGGACUCCAAGCGGGAUCUAGAAGGCCAAUGUGCCCACAGCAACUCUGCUUUGGAGCUUAGACCCAUGUUGUUCCUGUUAAGAGACCCUGCCCCAGGGAGUAAAAGGUAAAGGGACCCCUGACCGUUAGGUCCAGUUGUGGCCGACUCCGGGGUUGCGGCGCUCAUCUCACUUUAUUGGCCGAGGGAGCCGGCGUACAGCUUCCGGGUCAUGUGGCCAGCAGGACUAAGCCGCUUCUGGCGAACCAGAGCAGCGCACGGAAACGCCGUUUACCUUCCCGCCGGAGCGGUACCUAUUUAUCUACUUGCACUUUGACGUGCUUUCGAACUGCUAGGUGGGCAGGAGCAGGGACUGAGCAACGGGAGCUCAUUCCAUCACGGGGAUUCGAACUGCCGACCUAAUCGGCAAGCCCUAGGUUCCCUGGUUUAGACCACAGCGCCACCCGUGUCCCCAGGGAGUACUGUCUAAAAGUUGGCAGUGGGGAGAGACAGCAAGGCAAGAUGGUGAAGAGGCAAGGUUAAACGAGAGGUGGGGAAGGCAAGUACAACUCAGGACCUAAUGUGAGGAAAUGCUCACACCAGUAUGGGUAUUUGUAUUUUAAUAUGAAUUAAACCUAUUGGGCAGGAUUCACCUAACCUGCCCCAUUAGUGAGGGUCCUGGAGGGAGGCUGGGCAAGGUCUGAGUGGAGGGAGAGGGGUGUGGGUGGAGGUGUUAAGGAGGGGGUGUUGGCACAGGAUUGGUGAGCAAGGCAAGCAGGAGUGCAACCCUAGUUAAUUAGAUUCCUUAUUGAUAAUAAAAUCAGUACAGCGGUACCUCGGUUUUCGAACGUCUCCGUUGACGAACAUUUCAGUUUUCAAAUGCCGUAAACCCGAAAGUAAAUGCUUCGGUUUUCAAACAUGCCUCGGAAGUCGAACAUGCCAUGUGGCUUCCACUGAGUGCAAGAUCCUGAGGCCUAGCUGCUGGCCAUUGAGUUUUUGGUUUUCAAAUGUUUCAGAACUCGAAUGGUCUUCCGGAACGGAUUACAUUCGAAAACCGAGGUACCACUGUAUUUAUAAUUCAUACAGUGUUUUAAGGGAGAAAUUACAGGGCAAAAAACGCCGACUCCUCAGCUACAAUGUUGUUUUUAUUUCAUUAAUUUAUUUAAAAGCAUUUAUAAACCACUUAGAAAUCUCUGAGCUGUGCACAAUAUGAAAAGCAAAGUAUAUUUUUAAAACAAUAAUGCAACCUGAAACCAAUGAAAAAGCAGUAUAAAAGCCUCUAAAAGCAUCUAAUGAUGAACAGAAUAAGGAUUCAGGGAUUUCAAACAUAAAACAGGGUCAGGGAGGAAGCCUGGGCAAAAGAAAUAUUUACAAGUCGUCUGAAAUAACUGAUGGUUACUUCUUUGCAUGUGGCAGAAGGAAGGGCAUUCCCCAGUACAGCGGCAGAAGCAUAAAAUGUCCAUUUCCAGGUCAUUACCCUAUGAGAGUCUAUAGCUGAAUUUCUUUAGUUGAUCUAAGGGAUCUUAGGCAGUCUUUCAAGUACUCUUGUCCCUAGUUGUUCAGGGCUGUAAAUGCUAACAUCGAGACUUUGUAUGUAGCCCCAUAGUUGCUCAGCAGCCACUGUGGUUCACUCAGCGCAAGUGCAAAAUAUGUACAUCCAGGUGCUCUACUCAGUGAUCUAGCCCCAUAUGGGGAGAGCAUCUCUAAAUAAAACUCAGGCUGUUUUCCUCUUAAGCUCUCUUAAACCUUGCUAAGCAGUGCUCCUUAGAUCAGAAUUUGGUCGUUUUUAAAAACGUCUCUCCAAUUAAUCUGCAUGGCUUUUUAGUGACUUUAUGAACGGAAGUGGCAAUUAUGUUAAGACAGCAUUGAAUUGGUUUGAAUGUCAGUGAUUUGGCGUGACUUGGCUUUCCUGAGACAAUGCCUCUAAUCAAGCUGCCAAGACGUUAGUUUUCUCAUUGACAGUUAAUUAUUGUACCUCUUAAAGUUAUACUUCAGACAACUAAACUUUAUUUUUUUUUAAUAUCAAUUUACAGUUCCGUUUAGCAUCUCUCCCCUUAUUCUUUAUGCCCUUUAAGUUCCUGUGACACUUCACUUGCAAUUAGGGGGAUCAUUACUCUGACCAAAUUUGAGUUUGGAUAAUUAAACCUCAUCUACUGCAUUCUCUUGAAAAUAUUCAGUCCCAGAUGGUAUUUUCAGGCCUUUAUACACACUUAGUUGUCACAGGAUAAAAAACAGCAACAACCCAUAAAUUAAUUUAACACAUUCAGGGAAUGAAAACCUCAGUAAGAGGGUGAAUUUGAAAAAGAAGCAGCACAUUUCUUUUUUUUCAUGUUCCACAAGAUUAAAAACAAACUUCAGACAGAAGAGUAGCUAAUCAGGGGUAAACAUUACAGUCCAGGCUUUGCCAGCAAUGCGGGUUUUCUAUCUGCAUUGAGCUGUUUUAGAAAAGUAAAGUAAAGGGAAAAAAAGGAUUCAAAACUGUCACACACACACACACACACACACACACCCCAGUCUGAAGAGAUACAUCCCAUUCCAGCAUUUCCCAAACCUGGGUCUCCAUCCAUUUUUUUGGACUACAACUCCCAUCAUCUCUAGCUAGCAGAACCAGUGGUCAGGGAUGGUGGGAACUGUAGUCCAAAAACAGCAGGACACCAACAUUUGGCAAACCCAGCCUCAUUCUACCACUUCAAACUGUUAACUCCUUGAUUUACUGCCUAUGUAGAAUAGGUCUAUGAUCCUGAACUCCCCAGGAGCAGGAUUUGUGCGCAUCCUUGGGAGUUUCACUGUUAUGUUGAAGUUUAGCAUAUGUAUAUCUGAAGGAGUGUCUCCACCCACAGUGUUCAGCCCAGACACUGAGGACAAAGUUCCGAGGGCCUUCUGGUGGUUCCUUUACUGCAAGAAGUGAAACUGCAGGGAACUAAGCAGAGGGCCUUCUCGGUAGUGGCACCCACCCAGUGGAACGCCCUCCCAUCAGAAGGUAGUUUAGGGCGAGAGGGGCCAUUGCUGUCACUUCCUAUGUUCCUAAGUCCAUGGAGAACUUUAAAGACAGGCCUGGGAAACCUUUGGCCCCCCAGCUGCAGCUGAAUUGCAGUAUCCACCAGCCACAACAAGCGUUGCCAAUGGCUAGGGAUGUUCAACAAAAUUGGAAGGUCCUUAGAAGAUAAGGACAAGAAAGGAGAUGGGAAACCAGGUACGGGAAGAGGAGACACCUCACAUGGUUUGAAUGUUUAAUUUUCCAAGCAUUUUAACUGCCAACCUUGCCCAUCUUUCUCUCUGCCUGCCGUGUGGCUCAGUUUCCUUCUCCGCUUUGGAAAAAGCCGUGAUAAAAGAGGGUUGUCAGCCUGUUCCUUUGGUUGAGUUGCUCUCUCAUUUUCUGUGGAUGUCUUCUGCUUUCUUAAUAUCCUGUGUCAAAAGUAUGAUAAAAUGGCUUCUUGUGUAUUAGUUCAAAGAGCUGAAUUUAAAUUAUCGUCCAUUCAAAUGAAUCUUCAACCUCUUUGUUAUAUCGAUAUCAGCAACACAAGGAUUAUUGGCUCCUGGUCAUUUUCAUGCUGCUUCGACUCACAGAGCUGGAUCAUAAGAAAAUCACCGUGCAAGAAAAGGUAAGCGUGCUCUUUUGGUUGAUUCAUUCGUAUUGAGAUAUAAGUAGGGGGCCUGAACAAAAUGUUGCAGUGUGGAGUUCCAGAAGGAACAUAUUGAUUAAUCAGGAGGGAAUUCUAACCACAAACUCAUUUGGCCACUCUUGUUCAAGCUGAAGGAAUUGAUGUAAUUAAUGAAUUGAUCCCUCUCCUCUUGGGAGCAGGUUGCUGCUGUCAACAAGUACGACCCUCCUCCUGAAGUGGUGGCUGCCCAGGAUCACAUGACCCAGAUCAUGUAUAGCAUGAUCCAGCCGCAGCGGAUUUUUGACAGGUAAGCUGGGCGUCAGUUCCCCUUCCACCCUGUAGGUGGCGCUCAGGUAAAGCUGUCACAGGGAUGGGACAUUUUCCAUUGGGGGGGAGAGAAGACUCUGUUGUCGGUACCAGGACGGAAAUCAGGCAGAACUUGCUUGGCUGAGCAGAUUACGAAACGAAGUUAGUUGCUCACCUCGGAGCUCCAAGACAGAUUGCACACCGCCCCGUUCCUUUUAAACAAUCUGUCGGAACAGAUGGCCACUCACAUCACAAACGGAGAGAUGCGAAGAGGCAACAAUCCUCUUAUCGAUACCCAGCGACGAUUACCAGCGACGAGUGCUUGCAACUGUAAUUUCUCCAGGCUGUCUCUAACUCUCUCCCGUCAAUAGCGUUGGCAUCUCGUGGCGGGCAAAAUGGACAUGCCUCCCGCUGUGGAUCACAGAGGCUACAAGAGGAGCACUCACAAGGCCUCCUCAUUCUCACCCUCUUCUAGCAUCCAUCUGUACCCAUCAGUCUCCUUUUCACCAGCCCUUCUCUCAUUUCUCAGGAGGCGUUUCCAUUGGGGGGCAUCCAUUGCGACUGUGUUGGCAUUUUCUAGGCAGUUUCCCCCUUGCACGUACUUGGAACUUGAUGGCUCUGUUCCCAAGCAGCUCAGCCCUGCUCGUCUGGUGCGUUGCAUCCAAGGCAUCACAUAGGAUUAAAUUAACAGCUGCCAGCCUACGCCUUCUGUUGAGUCUAUAAAUAAUGCUCCAAGUCAUAGGAAAUAUUUAAUUUGGGUGUUUGGGUGAACCUAUCAUCUCCAUCUAGUGCAGAGCUUUCCAAACUUUUCAUGCUGGUGACACACUUUUUAGACAUGCAUCAUUUCGUCACACAGUAAUUCAGUUUUACUAGCAAACCGGAGGUUAAGGUAACCCCUUAAAGCAGGCAUAGGCAAACUCCGGCAAUCCAGAUGUUUGGGACUACAGUUCCCAUCAUCCCUAGCUAACGGGACCAGUGGUCAGGGAUGAUGGGUGUUGUAGUCCCAAAAACAUCUGGAGGGCCGGAGUUUGCCUAUGCCUGCCUUAAAGAGUGCAGGGGGCGUUUGCAUGACACACCUGCACACCGCAGCCAACACACUAAUGUGUCAAGAUGCACAGUUUGGAAAGCUCUGAUCUAGUGAAUAGAAUCAUGGCCUUAAAAUAUCCAAAUCAUUUUAUUUAUUUAUUUAUCUAUCUAAAAGCAGUCUGUCCCACCAUUUCACACCCCCCCCAAAAAAAUAUGCGUUUAUUUAUUUUUAUUAGACAUAUGCCAUCCUUCAUCAUAAGAUCUCAGGGCGGUUCACAAGAUAAAUAUCCAAAGUAAAAGCACAAAUAAAUAGAUAAAUCCAACCACCCCCCCAAAAAAAACAUUUAAAAGGCUUUAGAAUAUUAAUCAGCCCAAGGCCUGGUUGAAGAGGAGCGUUUUUGUGUGGUGCUUAAAGAUAGAUAAUUCAGGCGCCUUACAAGUCCCAAACAUAACAAGAGCUUAGGACAGGCACCCUCAAACUUUGGCCCUCUAGAUGUUUUGGAACUACAAUUCCCAUCAUCCCUGACCACUGGUCCUGUUAGCUAGGGAUGAUGGGAGUUGUAGUCCCAAGGCAUCUGGAGGCCUGAGUUUGGUGAUGCCUGGGUUAGGAGAUACCUAGAGGGGAGCUGUGUAUAUUGUGUAUCGCAUCCGAAUUCCUGUGAGAAGGUUAAUGGCGGCAUCUUUUUCCUUCUCUCUGUGCAGCACCUUACCCAGCCUCGAUGCUCCCUAUCCCAUGCUGGUGUUGACCGGACCCCUGGCCUGCUGGAAGCGAGAACUUUGCCACAGGCUCUGCAGAAAAUUCAACAACUAUUUCAGAUACAGGUACCUCUGGUCCAUAAACGUUCACGAUGUCCUUGGAGACUUGCUGGAAAUAAAACAAGGCAGGUUUUCUCAGAAAGAUAAAAAAAAGCUUUAUGGAAGGCAAUUAUGCCCUUCUCUGUUCUACCAGUUUUAGUUUCCCCCUUUUAUUUUCUUCUUAUCAUCUUAUAUUGCCCUCCCCAUCAAAUUCAGGGGAGAAAUCAUCUGGUUUGUAGAGUUCUUUUCCUGCAACGUAUCCAAAUCAGAUGCUUUCCAUCUUGCUGUGGACCAAACACAGAUUGAUGUUAAUUGUAGGAAUGCAAGCUUUAAUCAGUACAUUGUGGCUGCUUUCGUACCACUGUUUGAUUGGGUGGGACUGACUUCUAAGUAUUUAGAAGUUUGAUUGUCAGAGGCCAGUUUUAAUUUCUGAGUGCAAAUUUUAAUGGAGUUAAAUGCUCUCUCUUUUUUGAAGCUAUUUUAGUUCUGUGUUGCUCUAAAAGGACGGGGUGGCUGGGUCUAAAAUGACCUUUCUUCUUAACAAUGAACAGUAACUACAUACUUAUAAAAUUGUGAGUUAUCUUGCUUUUUGUUCAAAAUAGCCAAAAGGCAGCUAUAUUGAGCGUUUGGUAAAAUAACCACAUAGAUUAAGUUAAUCAGGGGGGAAAGGUUUAAUUGAGCAGUGUGAAACCAUUCCCAGCUGGUUCCUCCAGCCCCCGUGGAUCAUUUUGACAGGUGGGCAGGGACCACCCAUCAGUCAAUCAUUUGAUGUCACAAUGACACCAGGUGACAUGCUUUACUUUGCCUGCCCAGUUUGAAAUCAAAGGGCUUUGAAGGCACCGCUGAUUAAGUAAAUGAUUGACAGUGUCUGAAAACCCCACUUUCAGCAGGGAGCAACUUCUUCUAUUGCCUCUGACCUGACAUAAUAUAUGAUGCCCAGUGUAGGACUGGUUCCUGUGGGUUGACCUCACAGACCAAAUGCUAAGGGCUGCUGCCCUAAUUCAUUAGGUUGGUGGGCCAGAGGUUCCUUGCCACUGGUUUAAUUGGUUGUGAUGGCCUUAAGUAAAGGUAAAGGGACCCCUGACCAUUAGGUCCAGUUGUGACCGACUCUGGGGUUGCGGCGCUCAUCUCGCUUUACUGGCCGAGGGAGCCGGCAUACAGCUUCCGGGUCAUGUGGCCAGCAUGAGCCGCUUCUGGCGAACCAGAGCAGCACACGGAAACGCCGUUUACCUUCCUGCCGGAGCGGUACCUAUUUAUCUACUUGCACUUUGAUGUGCUUUCGAACUGCUAGGUUGGCAGGAGCAGGGACAGAGCAACGGGAGCUCACCCCGUCGUGGGGAUAUGAACCGCCAACCUUCUGAUCGGCAAGUCCUAGGCUCUGUGGUUUAACCCACAGCGCCACCCGCGUGUGAUGGACUUAGCCACUCGCAAACUGCAUUGAGCUGUCCAGUCACCGCUGCAAAUAUAUUUACACCUAGACAUUCAUUUCAUGGCUUAGCUACAGAACCUGACCCCAUUCAUGUUCAGAGCAUGGCAACUUGUAUUUGUAUAAUGCCGGCUCUAAUCCCAGGGUAGGGUUUCAUGGCAGUCCAGAGAGUCCAGGAUUUGUGUUGGCUUUCCAAAUACAGUGGUACCUCGGGUUAAGUACUUAAUUCGUUCCGGAGGUCCGUUCUUAACCUGAAACUGUUCUUAACCUGAAGCACCACUUUAGCUAAUGGGGCUUCCCACUGCCACCGCGCCGCCGGAGCACGAUUUCUGUUCUCAUCCUGAAGCAAAGUUCUUAACCCGAGGUACUAUUUCCGGGUUAGCGGAGUCUGUAACCUGAAGCAUCUGUAACCUGAAGCGUAUGUAACCCCAGGUACCACUGUAUCGCAGUAUUGGACUGAUGGCCUGAACAGAAGGGAAAGCCAAAGAUGUAGUUGAAUACAAUAUUAUUUACCGUUUCCGUUGUAAGGAAAAGAUACAGUGGAUUUCGGUGUAAAUUUUACUGCUCUCUCACGCACAUCUUGGAAUCCCUGCCACUCGGGUUCUUUAUGGGACCUUUCAGAAAGCAAGCCUGUUCCUUGCACUCCCCCUGCCUCUUAUGGGUAGGCGAUGGCAGAAUCUGAAUGUACACAAGGAUAGCUCCAGUUCCUGGGUGACCCAUUUGGGCGUCUGACCGGCUCUCCCUGAGCUGUCCAAAGGUUAGCAGUUCCUGAUCUACAGUUAUCUACAGGUAUCUGAAGAAGUGUGCAUGCACACGAAAGCUUGUACCAAGAAAAAACUUAGGUGGUCUCUAAGGUGCUACUGGACAAUAGGGCUCAGGGCAGCUAACAACAAAUUUAAAACACUUAAUUGAUGCAACAAAAAAACAGCAUAAAAUACAGGAAAAUACAUGAAUAACAAUAAAUUCAGAAUUCAAAAAUCAAUUUAGGGGGGAAAUCCAUCCAAUAAACAUUAGAUAAUCACCAGGGCUAGCUGGCUAAAUUAGUCCUAUUUGGGCCAGCGAGGAGACCAGGGGAGAAUUAGCUGUGGGAUCCCAGAGCGGGUAAUCUUCAUAAAAAGGGGAGGAGGAGGGAAGGAAGGGAAAUAAAAGAUUAGGCUAAGUUCAAACUGAAAGCCAAGCAGAAUAGCUCUUUCUUUCAGGCCCUGCGGAAGGAAGUUAAAUCCUGCAGGGCCCUGGUCUCAUGGGACAGAGCAUUCCACCAGGUCGGAGCCAUCACUGAGAAGGCCCUGGUGGAGGAUAAUCUGACUUCCUUAGGGCCCGGGACCUCUAAACUAUGGUUAUUCAUGGACCUUAAGAUCCUCUGUGGGGCAGACCAGGAGAGACGGUCCCGUAAUGAGACCUUAGACCUUCUUAGACCUUAAAGCACAUACUUUCCUACCGGUAUGUCAUAGAAUCGUAGAAUUGUAGUGUUGUAAGGGACUCUGAGAGUCAUCUUAUGUCAAGAUUAGCAAGCCUGGCGACUUCCAGAUGCUCUUGAACUGCAGCUUCCAUCAUCCCAAGAACAUAAGAAGAGUUUUGCUGGAUCAGGCCAGUGGCCUCUCUAGUCCAGCAUCCCGUUCUCACAGUGCCCAUGGGAAGCCUGGAAGCAGGACCUGAGCACAAUGGAGGUUUCAGUGUGUUGUAAAUCAAAGACUUUGAAAUAAAUCUCCUGGCUGAAAGGGAGUAGUGGGUGGGGAGAGACAUCAAAUACAAUACAUAUUAAAUAAAUUACACAGUUUGCAAGUAAAUUUUUAUUCAGAAUUUGUAUAAAGAAAAGAAAAAAGAACUAACAAAUACAAAAAUAAACAUUUUAACAUAAAUUAUUCAUCCUAUUUUCAUACUAUACAAAAAGAAAGCAUAUGUUCAUACAAAAAUAAGAAUAUAACCAUUAGGCUCUCCUUAGCCUUUGACUUCCCUUCACCCUUUUGGUAAGUAUCAAAUAAGUCCCGGGUUGCGUAAUUAGUUUAUUAAAGUUUAUAGUUAUUAGCUGAUAAAGUUUUUCUAAUACCGCCAGUUCCUCCUAUAUAUCCGUUCCAAUAUAUUUCCAAAACUUACUCCAAUUUUUUUGAAAUUUCUGGUCGUCUUGGUCUCGUAUUCUGCCUGUUAAUCUAUCUAGCUCGGCAUAGUUGAUCAUUUUGACCUGCCAGUCACUUAUGUUAGGAAUAGUUUCUAUUUUCCAGUUUUGUGCCAGCAUAAUUCUUGCGGCUGUGGUGGCAUAGAGAAAUAUUUUUUAUCUUCAUUUUUAUUUCCUUACCCAUUAUUCCCAGCAAAAAGGCCUCAGGUCUCUUGGGAAAAGUGUAUUUAAAAACUUUUUAAGUUCAUUAUAAAUUGCUUCCCAAAAACCUUCACCUUGCUGCAUUGCCACCACAUAUGGUAGAGGUCUCCCUCCCCUCACCACAUUUCCAGCAUGUCUUAUUUUCUGAUCUAUAGAUUUUAGCCAAUUUUGCCGGCGUAAGAUACCAUCUAUAGAGCAUUUUCCAAACAUUUUCUCUCAAACUCGUACAGGCCGUAAAUUUAAUGUCUCUAUUCCACAAUUUCAACCACUUUUCAAACUCGAUGUUAUAACCGAAGUCAAUUGCCCAUUUAAUCAUUGCCUCUUUGACUUCCUCGUCUUUUGUAUGCCAUUCCAGUAAUAUGUCAUAUAAUUUAGACAAUGUUUUGUUUUUGCCUUCUAUUAUUUCUAUAUUGAAUUUUGAUUUCUUGUCCUCAAAGCCCAUUUUUCUUUUAUCUUGUUUUAACAUAUCAUUCACCUGAUGAUAUUGUAACCAGCCGGUGAAUUGAUCCUUUAUUUCCUCAUACGGUUUAAGUUUAAGCCCUUGUUCUGAUUUUCUUAGCAAAUCUUCGUAGGUGGCUGUCUUCCCUUCCAUGUUGGUUUUUUUAUUGUUAAGACCUCUACUGGUGAAAUCCACCAUGGUGUUUUUCUUUCGAGAAGGUUCUUAUUUCUUUCCCAGACCUGAUAUAUUGGUCCCCUGAAAAUAUGGUUUAAGAAAGCCCUGUGGACUUUCACCUUCUCGUACCAGAGAUAUGCGUGCCACCCAUACCGGUUAUUGAAACCUUCUAAAUCCAGUAGGUCUCUGUUCUCCAAUUUUAUCCAAUCUUUUAACCAAAGUAGGCACGCUGCUUCAUAAUAUAGGCUCAAAUCUGGGAGGGCAAAACCUCCUCUUUCCUUUUUAUCAAUUAGUAUUUUCAUUUUAAUCCUUGGUCUUUUCCCCUGCCAGAUGAAUUUCAUCAGGGUUCUCUGCCAUUCUUUACAUUGUUUUAGACCUUUAAUAACUGGAAGAGUUUGAAAUAAAAACAACAUCCUCGGCAAAACAUUCAUUUUAACCACUGCUAUCUUCCCUAAAAGGAAAAUUUCAUCCUCCCCAUAUUUCCAGAUCUUUCUUUAUUUUUUUCCAUGUAACUUCAUAAUUAUCUUUAUAUAGGUUUAUGUUUUUGCCGUAAUCCACACUCCCAAAUAUUUCACUUUUUUCACCACCAUGAUUUCCACUUUUUGUUCUAGAUCUUUCGUUUCUUCCUUAGUUAGAUUUUUAACCAGCAUUUUAGUUUUAUUCUUGUUUACCUUAAAACCUGCCACCUCUCCAAAUUCCUCAAUUUUUGUAAUGCUUCUUUUACACUAUCUUGUGGAUCUUCCAAAGUCAAAACAAUAUCGUCGGCAAAGGCUUUAAUUUUGAAUUCCUUCUUUCCUACUCUAAUUCCUUUCACUUCUGUUGCCUCCCUCAGUCUCUUAUUAAGUACUUCCAAAAUUACAAUAAAUAAUAAGGGGGACAGGGGGCAACCUUGUCUGGUCCCUUUAUAAAUGUUAAAAUAUUCUGUUGUAUUGUUAUUUAUCACCAGCUUUGCUUUCUGUUCUUUGUAUAUUGCUUCUAUGCCUCUUCUAAAUUUUUCGCCAAUUCCCAUCCUUUCCAAAGCCUUCUUUAGGAAGUUCCAGGAAACAUUAUCAAAUGCCUUUUCGGCGUCUAUGAAAACCAGUGCGGCUUUUCUGUCUAUUUUCAUGUCCAGGUAUUCAAUAAUGUCAAUCAAAUUCCUUACAUUAUCCCGUGAUUGUCUCCCUGGGAGAAAUCCUGUUUGAUCACCAUGAAUUUUAUUAAUCAAGACCUUCUUUAAUCUUUCCGCCAUUAUGUCUGCAAAUAGCUUAUAAUCAUUAUUUAAUAAUGAGAUUGGCCUAUAGUUCUUUACUUCCAUAGUGUCCACCUCUUUUUUAGGGAUCAAUAUAACAUAGGCUUCCUUCCAGGUAUUAGGUAUCUUUCCUUCUCUCAAUAUAUUGUUCAUAACCUCUCCCAGCACUGGUGAUAUUUGGUUAAUUAAUGUUUUAUAAUAUUUGGCCGGAAGGCCGUCCGGUCCCAGCGCCUUCUCAGCUUUCAUCUUUUUAAUAGCCUUUUUAUCUCUUCCUGUGUUAUUAUCUCAUCUAGUGCUGCUCUUUCAUCUUCUACAAUUUGUUCCAGAUGGUGUUUUUGCAGAAAUUGAUCUAUUUCUUGUUCUGUUUCCUCUCCUCUUUUGUACAAAUCCUUAUAAUAUCUUUGGAAUAUUCUUUUUAUUUCUUUUGGUUCUUCCAUAAUCAUAUCUCCUUCUUUUAUUUUACUGAUCGUAUUCAACUUCUUCCUUUCUCUCAACUGCCACGCUAGAUAUUUCCCUAUCUUAUUUGCGGACUCAAAGUUCUUUUGAUUCAUCCUUUUAAUUUUCCACUCUAUCUCUUGGUUAAUUAUUGUAGCAAAUUUAGCUUGUAGUAUUUUUAAGUUCUGUUUUAAACUCUCUUCACUAGGGUUAACAGUUAAUUUUCUUUCAUUUUCCAUAAUCUGUAUUAAAAUCUGCUCUUUCUUUUUUCCUUUUUCUUUUCUUAAUUGGGUAUUUUUCUGAAUCAAAAAACCCCUCAUGACCGCUUUUCCUGCGUCCCACACCAUCUCUAUGGAAGUUUCUCCAUUUAAAUUCCACCUAAAGUAUUCUUCAAUUGUUUCUAUAGCCUUAUUUACUAUCCUUUGAUCAUUGAAUAAAUAUUCAUUCAUUCUCCAUCUGGCUGUUUUAACCUCUCUACCUUUUAACUCCAUGGAAACCGCACUAUGAUCAGAUAAAGUUCGAGGCCAAAUUUCAGACUUAAUUAAAUUCUGUACCAAUCCCUCGAGACCCAAAUACUGUCUAUCCUCCCCCAGCUCUGAUUCGGAUUUGAAAAAAAGUGAAUUGUUUUGCAGUAGGGUUUUAAACCUCCAAACAUCCGUCAAUCCUAAAUUAUUUACCAUGUCGAAGAAAGAUCGUGGUAGUUUACCUUCUUUCCCAUCUUGUCUUUUUGUUAAUCUAUCCAUAUUCGGCGUCACCACCCCAUUAAAAUCUCCCAUCAAUGUCAUUUUCUGGUCCAUCCAUUCCAUUAGUAUAUUAUCUAAUUCCAAAAAGAAAGCUGAUUUUUUCUCAUAAAUUACACAGUUUGAAAAGCCUGGCUGGAAUUUCCCAGUAAUUGAAAACUGCUGGGGAUUUUCCAAACACCUUCAGUUUUCCAAGAGCCUUGUUGUGUUUUAUUUUAUAUUUUAUUCCCUCAUAAGCAUCAUGCACGUGAAGAACAGAGAGCAAAGCAGUCUUAGCAGAGCAGAAAAUUGCUACCAUAAAGCAAAGCUGCAUUUUUAUUAUUCAGAGGAGGUUUCUGUAGCUUUCGUGUGCUGCUUUUAGAAUUUUCAACAUGCCACUUGUUAAAACUGUAUUUUAUGGAAGAUACUGGGCAACUUCAAAUGUAAACAUGACCUUGCUGUUAAAAGGAGCUUGUAACAUAAGUUUUUUUUUAAAAAAAGAAGGCCAUUCAAAACAUCUGGUCAGUGCCCAGGACUGACCUUUUGAGAUGUGUAUAUUUAUAAAAAUUGCUGAGAAAAUCACACCUUUGAAGUUUCAGCUUUAUAGGGUCCACGUGCCUCAUACGGUUCUCAUUUGACACAGUUAUUGAAUAUGAUGGUUCCUGAAUCCCUUUCCCUGGAGUGUUGUUGUGGCAGGAUUGGCUGGCAUUUUUAGGCCUCCCCCACAGGCACUAUAACAUCUGAAGGACGUGGGAGAAUCACACACCACUCAACAUUUCACAGAUGUAAAUAGGGAGGGACAUGCUCUGUACUUGUAAAACAAAAAAAAACAUGCACACAUACACACACCUGCCAAAUUCUAACCCUAAGCAUCACUCUCCGAGUUCCCUUCUCCCAUAAUUCACAUGGAUGAUGUCUCUUCUCUGAUUCCUUUUGUUAAUUUACUCUGCAAUGUGGCCUGUUGGCUGCAUCUAGCAUCAGUGUGUGAAACAGUGAGUGCUGUCAUGUCUUCAGUCCAAAAUCUGUGUUCUUCCAGUUCAUCAACACCAGUCUUUUGGCCACAGUUAGAACGUGUAGAAUCCACUUUUGUUGCCCAGUUGUCAACUUCUGUUUAUACCAAUUGGUGUAAAAUUCAAAAUAAUAUUUUCCACUGAUUUUUUUUAAGUUUUUCUGUGUAGUCAUAUUCAUGCAGCCAAACACAUUCCCCCAAAACGUAGUACAGGAAAGUGUAAGAACAUAUGUUUCAAGGAGCCAUUAUCUUUAUUACAUCUCCAACAAAGAACUGCAUUAGACCAGGCGUAGGCAAACUCUGCCCUCCAGAUGUUUUGGGACUACAACUCCCAUCAUCCCUGGCCACUGGUCCUGUUAGCUAGGGAUGAUGGGAGUUGUAGUCCCUAAACAUCUGGAGGGCCGAGUAUGCCUAUGCCUGCAUUAGACAGUCCUUUUCCAUACAAAUGUAAUGGAGUCCAAUAAAUUCUAGGUAUUAAUUUCUGUUGUAUAAGAUGCAUUGUGUGGCUAUCUUUUCUCUGUCCUGGAUUUACUGCCAAUCAUCUGAAGGGGGUAGAUUUCUGUCUCCACCGCAUUCAUAAUUUUAUCAACCUUUGCUAUGUUCAUAUGUAAAUAUAUAUAUAUACAUACACAAACACACAUCCUUUACAGCCUAACACUAUGCAUGCUGAGAUCAAUAGGAUUUACUCCUGUCCUGAGUAAAUGUGCACUAGAUUGUCCUCGAGUUCUUUAACAGUGUCAUCUCCCUUCACUUGCUUAUUCUGUUUUCUGUCUGGCUUAUCUUUCAGUCCCUGCCACACCACGAGGACUGCUUAUUUUGGAGAAGAAAACAGAUUAGAUUACUAUUUUGUUUCCCAGGAGGAGUUUGACAAAAUGGUGACCAUGGUAAGGCAUGAGCUGAUUUGUCCUGCUUUCGCUUGAGGGGAGGAUGCCUGGCAGCUCAUCACAGAUCAUGCUAAAGGGUGAGGGUGCGGAAAUCCAUUGAGGAUUGAGCUAUUGGAGAAAAAAACGAACUGUGGGACCGCUCGUCUAACUUGCCUGUCAAAAACAUGUUGUUGUUGUUUAGUCGUUUAGUCGUGUCUGACUCUGCGUGACCCCCUGGACCAGAGCACGCCAGGCACUCCUGUCUUCCACUGCCUCCCGCAGUUUGGCCAAACUCAUACUGGUAGCUUCGAGAACACUGUCCAACCAUCUUGUCCUCUGUCGUCCCCUCCUCCUUGUGCCCUCCAUCUUUCCCUCAAUCAGGGUCUUUUCCAGGGAGUCUUCUCUUCUCAUGAGAUGGCCAAAGUCUUGGAGCCUCAGCUUCAGGAUCUGUCCUUCCAGUGAGCACUCAGGGCUGAUUUUAUUCAGAAUGGAUAGGUUUGAUCUUCUUGCAGUCCAUGGGACUCUCAAGAGUCUCCUCCAGCACCAUAAUCCAAAAGCAUCAAUUCUUCAGCGAUCAGCCUUCUUUAUGGUCCAGCUCUCACUUCCAUACAUCACUACUGAGAAAACCAUAGUUUGAACUAUACGGACCUUUAUUGGCAAGGUGAUGUCUCUGCUUUUUAAGAUGCUUUCUAGGUUUGUCAUUGCUUUUCUCCCAAGAAGCAGGCGUCUUUUAAUUUCAUGACUGCUGUCACCAUCUGCCGUAAUCAUGGAACCCAAGAAAGUAAAAUCUCUCCCUGCCUCCAUUUCUUCCCCUUCUAUUUGCCAGGAGGUGAUGGGACCAGUGGCCAUGAUCUUCGUUUUUUCGAUGUUGAGCUUCAGACCAUAUUUUGCACUCUCCUCUUUCACCCUCAUUAAUAGGUUCUUUAAUUCCUCCUCACUUUCUGCCAUCAAGGUUGUGUCAUCAGCAUAUCUGAGGUUGUUGAUAUUUCUUCCGGCAAUCUUAAUUCCGCCUUUCACAUGAUGAAUUCUGCAUAUAAGUUAAAUAAGCAGGGAGACAAUAUACAGCCUUGUCAUACUCCUUUCCCAAUUUUGAACCAAUCAGUUAUUCCAUAUCCAGUUCUAACUGUAGCUUCUUGUCCUACAUAGAGAUUUCUCAGGAGACAGAUGAGGUGAUCAGGCACUCCCAUUUCUUUAAGAACUUGCCAUAGCUUGCUGUGGUCAACAUGUACUGAAUAGUUUUUAAUCUCUCUAGCUGUUCCUUAAUUGCUGAAGAGCCUCUAGCUCACUUUCAAAGGGUGCUGUUCUCUUCAUUCUGUGAGAGGGUUAUGCACACGAGCAACAAAUCUGAGCUUUUAAUCUUUCUUUUUUAAUGCGUUCUGUCCUCCCAGAAAAUGCUGGUUCACCUCAUUGUUCAGCAGAGUAGCCUCUGGUCAAGUCGUAAAAGUGCUUCUUGCACCCAAGCCAGAUGGGCUGCUGCUUGUGAUCUUCAUGCUCUGCUUUGUGAUGUUUCCAAGAUCAUGUGCCUGGCUGAUGCUUAGAGCCAGUGGUGGUCAGACUGUCAGAGCCCAGAGUGUCAGAUUGGGACCUGGGAGGUAAAGGUAAAGGGACCCCUGACCAUUAAGUCCAGUCGUGACCAACUCUGGGGUUGCGGCGCUCAUCUCGCUUUAUUGGCCGAGGGAGCCGGCAAACAGCUUCCGGGUCAUGUGGCCAGCAUGACUAAGCCGCUUCUGGCGAACCAGAGCAACGCACGGAAACGCCGUUUACCUUCCCGCCGGAGCGGUACCUAUUUAUCUACUUGCACUUUGACGUGCUUUCGAACUGCUAGGUUGGCAGAAGCCGGGACCGAGCAACGGGAGCUCACCCCGUCGCGGGGAUUCGAACCGCCAACCUUCUGAUCGGCAAGUCCUAGGCUCUGUGGUUUAACCCACAGUGCCACCCGCGUCCCAGGGCCUGGGAGACCAGAGUUCAAAUCCCCACUUAGCCAUGAAGCUCACUGAGUGACCUUGGUUCAGUCUCUCAGCCUAACCUACCUCGCAGUAGGUUGUUGUGAUAAAAUGACAAAGGGGAAGAACCGUGCUCUCUACCUUGAGCUGCUUGGAGGAAAAGGUGCCGUAUGACUGCAAUAACUAAAUAAAACAAAGCAAAUAAACUGAAUGCUGGACUUGAGAACCCGACCUGAUGUGGCAUUCUUUUUCUGUGAUCCCGGCCGAAGGGAAUUUUGUCUUUCCACCGUGCGGGUCUCAGAUAGUGCGUCUUGAAAAAGUGCUGGAGGAAGGAGCACAAAUGGGCCGUCUUUUAUGGCACUCCUAGGAUAGCGUGCGCAGGAGAAAUUCAUGUGACUUCCCUGUGGAGAAAUGCCCAUAGGCUGAGCUGACACAUCUCGUCGCCACAGGAGAGCUUCUCUUGCGUGGGGAGCACCCAGAUGGGCUGUUUAUUGAGCAAGCCUGCUGAUAUGCUUGCACGAAACUUGGGACGAGGUUAUACAACUUUGCCUCUUCCAUGAGCAUCCGUCCCCAUCUGUUCACACAGACUUUGCAUGGCACUGCCAGCUAGCUGUUGUCACUCUGCACGUUUCCCAGAAGUGCAGUUUUCCAUCACUUUCCUUGUCUGGCUUUUUGUGGUUAGAAGACUGGUGGGAUAACUGGGGUAGAAGAAUCUUCAUCAACCUGACACCCUCCGGGUAUUUUUGGACUGCAACUCCCAUCAUCCCCACCUGGGCUGAAUUAGAAAGCCCGACGCAAUUAUCCUAUUUUUUGUGUGCCAAUAACCAGUGCUUCCUCCUAACAUGCAAAUCCAACCUUAGUGUCCCAGAUGGGCUGGAACUUCUGUCAAUGAAAUUAACGACAACAUCACUUUAGUAUUUAUCAAGUGCAUUGCAAUGUUCACAGCAUGACCAAUACUGCCUUGCUGUUUUUAGAAGCAGGAGAUAAAUUCAGGGGUACGUCGGAAUUGCUUCUCCCAUAUUUAUUUCGGUCCUCCCAUUGCUAUAACCCAUCCUGGGACCUGCUGGAGAAGAAGAUAAAUACUUUGAUGGUGGGGUCUUCUGGUUCAUAGUUCUAUCUCUCACCCACCCUUUUGCACAAGCUCCUAGUCAGCACAUGCGUCAACCCUACAUUUCCUGCCUACACAGCAGGAGAGAUCAAGCUGCCAUGUAUCUGAGGUGAGGAGCGGCAUGUCAGAGUAUUAGAUUCUGGGAUCUAGAUUAUAGUUUCUGGCGAGAGCUUUCCCCUUGUUUGUUCUUGUUGCCCAGGCUUCAUUCUUUUCAUUCCAGGGGAAAUUCAUUGCAACUUUUAAGUACAGCGGCUUCUACUACGGAAUGGGCCGGGACACAAUCGAGUCCAUCGCUAGGGAGGGACUUGCAACCUGCAUUCAUAUGGAAAUAGAGGUAACGAUGGGGAUGGAAGCACCUUAAGCCAUAGCAAAGUCCGUGUAAUUACUGUAUUUUUCCAUGUAUAACAUGCCCCCAUGUAUAAGAUGACCCCUAAUUUUUGGGACCACAACUAAAUUUUUUUUAGGGGGAUUGCCCAAAGUUAUUGAGCUUUUUAGGGGGGGUCACCACCGCCAGUUGCUCUACAGCAAAUUGCACGCAUCACCGCAGCCAACAAUCCAACAAUCGUCUGCACGCUCGACACCAAAAGCCCGUCUGUGAACUCGAUGAAACCACUUGUCAAUACAGUAUAUCAACGUCCAAUUACCACAGCCACAGCCAAUCGUCAGCAGGCCUUGCCGCAGCAACCAAUCACACGCCCAGUCGCCACUGGCAAUCUCCUGCUGACUGCUGACACCAAUCGCCCGUUCCCCCCUCUGCUGUCCAUGUAUAAGAUGACCCACAAUUUUUGCCUAUUAUUUUUAAGGAAAAACUAUUGUCUUAUACAUGGAAAAAUACAGUAUGUUUUUAUCAUAAACCAAGAGCUGGGCCUGUGUCAAGCGCUAGAUCCAAAGCUGUGGUUCAUUGAAUCAUAGAAUGGUAGAGUUAUAUAAUAAGUUAAUUGUUAGUUAUAUAAUCAAUAGCUAAGUUAUUAAUUAGAUGCUUUUUUCCCAGAAACAUGAACUCAAAGCAAGAACCUCGUUUGAGCUGAAACAAUUUCCCUACUCCUUGCUUCACUGCCCCACUAAAGAGGUUCAAGAUCCAUUUAACGAAUGAAUAUUAUUUAUUUGGGCAGCUGAAGGCAUUGAAAAAAAAAGACAAGAUACAUAAAUCAGAAUAAAAUACAUUACACAGUUAAAAUAAUUAUUAAAGCCAGGCAUUCUGUAGGAUUGCUCCCCUGAACAAUUUAAUUUAGCAUUCCACAAUAUUUUCGCCUUAAAAUUGUUGCUCCAAAACAGGCCGUUUUUUUAGAGGUGUAAGAGGACCUGUCCUCUAAUAAGAAGUUAAUCAGAUGCCCGAUCAAUCUCUCAACUGAGAGAUGCCCACAAUCCAGACUGCUGGCACUGCACCUAAAAUCAGGAGAAUCCAGUCUUGACAGUACAGUUGUACCUUGGUUCUUGAAUGGAAUCCAUUCCGGAAGUCCGUUCAACUUCCAAAAAUAUUCGCAAACCAAGACGCGGCUUCCGAUUGGCUGCAGGAGCUUCCUGCGCUCAAUCGGAAGCAGCGUCGGACGUUCAGCUUCCAAAAAACAUUUGCAAACCGGAACACUCACUUCCGGGGUUGCGGCAUUCGGGAGCCAAAACGUUCAAGUCACGAGGCGUUUGAGAACCAAGGUACGACUCUACUGCUUAAACAGUCCUUACAGCCUUUGUGUCGAUCUGGGGUACUGUGUGUGAUUUAACAACUUCAGCCAAGGCCUGUGAAGCCUUGAAGUGAAUGAUAACCGAGUACCUCUGUUUUUUAAAGGGUGUUAGAAGCUUGAAGAAUUCCUACUUCCAACCUCGGUACAUCCUACUGAUCCCAGUGAACAAAGAGAGAUACGGGGGUCAGCUGCGACGGAUGGGGCUGUUCAGUAGGGCAGAGAUCGAAGAAGCAGUCCGCAGGGUGGGCAUGUACAUCCAACUGAACCAGGACUUCCCAGGGUUCUUUGACGCGGUCAUCAACGUCGGUGAGUCCAUCCCUUUGGAACCCAAGUCUCCUCUACUGGCAAGGUCUCUACUGCAGUCUUCCUGGGAAGGCAGUCAAAUGGAAGAAGCAGAGUUUGCGCAGCCCAUCCAAACUAUCAUAACAAGCACUCCUAACUCGCCUAACUAACAGCACCGAGGGCCUUCUGACGGUUCCCUCACUGCGAGAAGCCAAGUUACAGGGAACCAGGCAGAGGGCCUUUUCGGUAGUGGCACCCGUCCUGUGGAAUGCCCUCCCACCAGAUGUCAAACAGAACAACAACUACCAGACUUUUAGAAGACAUCUGAAGACAGCUCAGUUUAGGGAAGCUUUUAAUGUUUGAUGUAUUACAGUAUUUUAAUCAUUUUUUGGAAGCCGCCCAGAGUGGCUGGGGAAGCCCAGCCAGAUGGGCGGGGUAUAAAUAAAUUAUUAUUAUUAUUAUUAUUAUUAUUAUUAUUAUUAUUAUUAUUAUAACUCCUAACUUUCCCAUCCUGCACGAGAUGCUCAUGGGGUUAAAGGAGAUUGCCAGGACAUGCGCCAACAUCCAUGUGAUGGGGGGGGGGGGAACACAAGAUAAAUUGCCUGAACAUUCAUUCUCUGUAUCUGGGGGGUGGGAGAGAAGUUACCAGAGUAGCUGGUGCCCACAACACUUAGUCAAAAAUCCAGAUGUGCCCACAAGCCUAAACAAAUGGAGUGAUCUCUGCCAUAGGCGAUACUUCUUCUGUCUCUCUCUCUCGUAUUUAAUAUUGCACUGAUUUUGCUAAAAAGUUCAAACUUUUUAACACAAUGAAUAUCAGCAUUUUUCAUGGAUCUUGAUAGACAGACAUGGUUUCAAUUCUGUUAGUGUUUAAUUACUUUUUUAAAAAAAUGAUAUUUAUUAAAAUUUUAGAAAAAAGAAUUACAUAAAAACAAGAAAAGCAAAAACAAAAGACAGAAGUAAAAAUACAAGAAAAAUACAAAAUAUAAAAUACAGAAUAAAAGAAUAAAAAACACUUAAAAAAAGAAAAAAAUAGAUCAAUCUUUCCAUAUCUUACAUUCAUAUCCUUGUUUCCCUGACCUCCUCAUACCUCCCUUUUUUGUAUUCCAAUUCAAUUAGUUAAUUCAGCAAUUUCUUUCCCUCUUUAUUUUCUCUUAAUCCUUUAACUUAAUAUACUAUAACUUUAAAUUUUCACCUGUUAUCAAUCCAUUUUUACAUACACCUUUAUAGCAUUACUGCUUAAACCACCUAACUUCAUUCUAACAUCAUUCUAACAUUCAUUAAUUUUGCAAUAUUUCUGUAGAUAGUCUUUAAAUUUCUUCCAAUCUUCUUUCACCAACUCUUCUCCCUGGUCUCGGAUUCUGCCAGUCAUUUCCGCCAAUUCCAUAUAGUCCAUAAAUGAAACACAGAUUUCCUUUUCUGAGGGGAGUUCAAACCAUUACAAUUCCAGCUUAAUAGUUGCAGAGCCAUGAUGUAGUUACUUUGCUUCUCCUCCAACUGCACCCAGUGCCUGUUCCUGAUCUGUCGGUGGUAUCACCUUCUCCAGACGGUCUUUUAGUUCAGGAGGUAGUCUUGGUAUGUCUAAAGUUUCACUUACUAGUGCUCUUAACUCUUCUGCAGCUUCCUUCUGCAAGUCUUCUCCGUGGUCUCUCCAAAAUCUAUCUUUGUUGUCCUCUGAUCUUAUUUUUAUCUUCUUCCCUUUGUAGCUGAAGGAUAGGCCUUGGGGGAAUUCCCACCUAAAAAUGACUCCGUUGCUUCUCAACAGGGUGACCAAAUCUCUAUAGUUGGACCUAAGGUCCAAAAGAUAUUUCGGAAUGUCCUUAAAUAUCUCUACUUUUGACUGAUGAAUUUCCAAAGUCUUCUGGAAAUGCAGACUCAAGAUUUUGUCUCUCUCCUCUUUCGUUUGGAGGGUGAUCAAACAGUCUCUCACCCUGUUCUUCUUCCCUCCUCUUCCAAGCCUAAAAGCACCCACUAUCUUGAAGUUGUCCUUAUCCAAAUCUGGGUUCCAAAAGUCUGCAAAUUCCUGCAUAAGAAAAUCAAUCAAGUUGUCUUUCUCAAGUUCAGGUACAGCCCUGAUUCUUAAAUUGGUUUGCUUCUCCUUCAACUCAAUCAUAGACAAUAUUGACCUGUGGUCUUCAAGUUGUUUGUGUAUCGGUGGUAUCUUCUCUUCUAAAGCAGUUGCUAUAUCCUUUGCCUCUUCAGCUGUCUUUCGUGUCGAGGUAGAUUCCUGUAGUAAUUUCUGAAUAGUUUCUGUAUUGGUAUUUACCUUCUGUCCCAAAUUAUUAAUACUUGUAGUAUUUUGGUCAAUUUUGCCCGAUGCUUCGGCUACUUGUUUACUUAUUUUAUCCAAAGAUUCGUUGAUUUUACCAAGUGCCUGAGCCAAAGCAUCUUCAGCUGCCAUUCCUUUGGGUUUAGGUUGUGCCGAUGAGGCUCCUGUUGGUAAUCCAGAAGGGCCAGAUUUCGAUGCUCUUCGCUGCAGCCCACCGUCUGUACGAAAUACUCUGCCAGACCUCGUUGCUUUUUCCUGUAGCAAAUCUAUUUUCUCCUUUCCAUCUGCCAUAACACUCUAGAUAAGGUCCAAGGUCAGUCUCACGAUCAGAAUUUGUUUUGAAGUGGAAAAUUCCCCUGGCCCAGCUGCUAUUGUAACAAUUUCAAACUUCCUCUAGGGGGACACAGUAGCAGUCAAAAAUGUCUUAGAGUAAUUAACUUUUUUCCCUUUAGCCCCCCAAUUCACAGAAAGGACGACAGUUUCUAUCCCAAUUGUUUCCUGUUACUUUAAAACCAGGAGAAGCAAGUCAGAAAUAUUGUAUCUUACUUGUAUCUCAGAUGCAGAGUUAACUGUCAAAAAGCACUUUCAGCAACAGCGCAUUUCACAAUACAGCAUUCUUACUGUUCACUGGCAACCCGUUCCCAGGUUUUUGAGCGGUGAAUUUUAACUUCCUUUUCUCUCUUUUUGCAGGGAAAUACAGUUCAGACCUUUUCCCCCCUCCUCCCCUGCAAUCAAGGGGGGAAAGUCACUUAUUUGAUGUUCGAAUUAUAAUCCUUUUCCAACGUCUUUCAAGGUUUCUGCUUACAAGUUCAUUGCUUUACUCCAUUUACAGAAAACGGAAGGCAGACUUCCUGUUUAUGCCGCUCCGCUUCGGUACCAAAUUAUUUCUUAGUUGCUUUGUUUCCGAAAUUAGCCUACUCACGGAUCGUUGUUUUGCAGCCAAAUUGUCCCAGGAAAAAGGCAGCGCUCUCCGGUAACGGCUGUGCGGCUUCACUCCACGGAAGAAGCAGUUGACUCACAGCACCGCGCCACUUCCCCGCUCCGCUCCGGAACCCGUAAUCGGGCUCCUUUGCAAGUUGGGGGGGGCGCAAAAGGUGCCCGCCGAGUCCCAUGGUCACAGGCUUCACCGGCCUGUGAUUUUUGAAGGGUCCCCGCUUCGCCGUAGCGGUGCAGACCCGAUUUCCGCAGAGCCGGUUCCCUCCGAGUCAGAGGGAAUCCGCCAUUUACCGAUGGCGCCACCCCGGAAGUCUGUUUAAUUACUUUUUAAUGACUAUCUUUUUAAUGUUUUUAGUUUGUUUUUCUAUUGUAUCUGCGUUUUGUAUUUUUAAUCUGUAAUCUGCCUUGUCUCAAUUUGGGGGAAAGGUGGGAUAUAAAUAAAUAAAUGUAAUAAUGAUGAAGCGUCAUAGCCCGGAAGGACAAAAUUACAAAGUUACGGUGCAGCUCCAAAGGGAUAAAGAAUUGACUCAUACAUAUAAUUCCCUUUUCAAAUAAUAUAUGAAGAAUAAAAGUAUUGUCCAUCUGUGAGUUCCAUAACUACUGAGAAUAAAGAUUCUAUAAAGUCUUAGAUGAGCCAGACGUUUGCAUAUACUGGUGGUGCCAAGUGACUGGGCACCUUAACAUAAGAAAUAAUAUAUACUAUAAGAAAUAAAACCAUGCCAUUUAGCAAUUAAAUAUGGUCAUGCAAAUUCUGCCCUUUAGCUACUUUUAGUUUAUGAGAUACCUUUUCAAGGAGGGCAAUUUGCCACAUUCUAGAAUGUCAGCAAUCCAAAUUGUCGCGACUGAAGGUCUUCCAGGAUUUGGCCCUGUUAAUUCUUUUCUUUCUCUCCAUAUGUGCAUCCCUUCACGUUCAGAUGAUUUUGACGAAGCAUUCACCAAUCUGAGCAAACUAAUUGAGGAGUUCCUUGGGAUAAAGCAGCCGUCGGAAACCGAGGUCAGAGGUUCCGCAUCGGACACCAAUCUCCUUUCAGGUAUGGCAUUGCAGAUCCCCCCAGGUAUAGCCUGACAGUUGUGUUGCUUCCAGGAAACAGAAUGGGAAUUUGCCACAGAUAGCUUGCUCCAUGCAAGCAUUUGCACUCAUCAUUGAAAGACGAGGUCCUGUGCUAGGCUUGCCAGCCAUUUGGCUUUGAAGUCGGCAUUUUUACAGCAUUACGCCCCUCUGAUCGGUUUCAUGCCCAGGUAUUCUGGGCUAUCAAUCUAGAAAUGUUACCUCUUCUGGGUGCUUGUGCAUCAAGUCCAUUUGCGCAAAAUUGAGCUCACCCAUUUCUAGAGCACUUUUCCUGUCCAAUGCCAGUUUGAUCUCAUUCUCCAUCUCAGAAUGUAUUUUGUUCAGCACUACAGUGGUGCCUCGCAAGACGAAAUUAAUUCGUUCUGCGAGUUUUUUCGUCUUGCGAAUUUUUCGUCUUGCGAAGCACGGUUUCCCAUAGGAAUGCAUUGAAAAUCAAAAAAGGCUACCACACCUCAAAAACCUCAAAAAAGGCUACCACACCACGUGCUAUGAGUUGCUCCUUGAAGUCAAGUCGCAACUGCACCUCUUCAAGCAAUGCACCCUGGGUAUUAACGGUUUUAAGAAAAAGGAAACAAACUUGCAAGACGUUUUCAUCUUGCGAAGCAAGCCCAUAGGGAAAUUCGUCUUGCGAAGCAACUCAAAAAACGAAAAACUCUUUCGUCUUGCGAGUUUUUCGUCUUGCGAGGCAUUCGUCUUGCGAGGUACCACUGUAAAUUGUUCUUCUCACCUGAGAUCCCCACCCACGACGACUCCAUGGAGGAGUCUGCCUCUUGAGGAUUUUUAUCUUAUUGGACUCCAGAUCCUCUUUGAUGUACAGACAGACACCACCUAGACCUGGUCCUUCCUAUAGAAUUUGUAUCAAUUUGUUCUCUCCAUCCCACCAGGUUUCCAUUAGGCUUGCUAUAUCUUGUUCUGGGACCAAGCACUCCAGCUUGCCCAUCUUGGCUCAGAGACUCCCAGCAUCAGCAUCAAACACCUGUACAUGAGGAGUAUGUCUCCAGCUGUCUCUGCUGCAUGUGUUUUGCCCUGUGGCACUUUGGCCUCUCAGAAUAGCUGUCAUAUGCCCUUGCUAUCCUUGUCUCAAUGCUCAUAAUCAUGAACCUGCUGGCUUCCUGACCCCCACACAUCCAAUUGAAAGCUUCUCUGCCACCUCUUUUAAUUUAACCUGCCAAGUGCUCAGCAGAAAGUCACCUUCAACAGAGGCCUUUGGGCAUGUAAGCCAAAAGUUCACAAAACGUGAAAGGCUCUUUCUUUCUUUCUUUCUCUUUCUUGCCUCCUUGGUGGAUCCAAUGAUUAAGGAGGGCAGAGGAGUUAAAAAGGAGCCCUCCUCCCCCUUAUCAUUUUAUGCUGUGCCAUAAACCAUCUGAUAUUCCUUGCAGGAGCUCUUAAUGGCCUCUAAUGUCUUUGCCGUCCUGUCAAUUUGCAUUUCUUCGUCAGCCACAGCAACUUCAUUACGAGCGCUGAGUUUGGGCAAUUCCACCAUCCAUAAAAGUAACUUUGAAAUUUACUACGCUCCAUUAAAUUCAUUUAGAGUUUCAUUUGUAGGUGUUCCGAAUUAAAGUAAUGAUCGUAUUUGGAGGAAGAGAUUGCUCUUUCCUUAUGGAUGAGGGGAAAUUGUUUGUUUGUUUAGGAAGGAGAGGGCGAAAUCUUGCCUCAAGGUUGACUCUUUAGUAUGAACAUUUGCAGUAAGAUCGUAAUAGGGGGAGAUUGGAUGUUUGAUAUAAUGGGAAGCUAUUAAAAAUCUUCUUCUUCUAAUGAACAGACAUCCGUGAGCUUUUGCUAAUGGACAGAGAGCAAAGAGGCAGCUGUGGCUGGAAGUGGCAUUCAAGCAGAGUGAUGGAGGUGCCAUAAUUGUUCCCCUUGGCCAGCUCCAGCCCAAAACAUAUUUUGGGUUUGGGAACAACAAUCCUAAAUGAUGUUCAGAAAUGCCAUUUUCCUGCACAAGGCCCAUUCGCACAUUUAUUCACAGUUCCAGGCCUUUUUAAUAGGGCUUUCACCGAAAACCUUGUGGGCCCACGGAGAGCUUUCUGGGGCCCAGGAAGUCAAGAGGGCCUGAGCUAAGCUUAAAACCCAUUCCCAUGAGGGGGAAAACCCAGUAGAUAACCCUUGAGGGUAUUUAUGAAAACCUACUUCCAGUGUCCAGAUUCUGCAUUCUAGGCUGAACUUCAUUAGCCAUUUUAGAACAGAGCAAGCAACGUUCUUAAUCCUGGGCUCCAUUCCCCUUGUCCAUUUCUUGGAGGGAAGCAGAGAGAGAGAGAGAGAGAGAAGUUGUAUAGCUUAGGUGGGGACCCUGGGACCCUCCAGGUGUCGCUGGACUACAACUCCCAUCAUCCCUGGCUGCAGUGGCUGAUGGGUCCUGCAGUCCCAUAGCAACUGAAGGGCCACCCCCACCUUCCCUGCUGCAGGGGGAUUCUAGAACAGGCCGAGAGGCCCGGAGGUGAGUGUCGUCUUCCGUGACGUGCUUUCUCAAGAAUGGCAAGUCCCCAGAACUCCUUAAUUCCCGCUGGCCUUUCUGCCGAUUCCGUUUGCCAGGCUAAGUGAGCUCACCUUCUCUUUCUCAGUUCCAAACGGGAUGAGCACAGUGCCUCUGAAAACAGCCUCCGUCAAAGGAACCGAUGGGGUAGCGCCAUCGCCCACCCCCACUGAGUUUUUGGACUCAUCGGCCAAAAAUUACUCUGCCGUCAUAUCAGCCAGACUUUCAGCAGAGAAAACACCAGUGGUAAGUGUGUGUGUGUGUGUGUGAGUGAGAGAGAGAGAGAGAGAGAGAGACUAUGAUUAAAGGUAAAGAUAAAGGGACCCCUGACCAUUAAGUCCAGUCGUGACCGACUCUGGGGUUUCGGCACUCAUCUCGCUUUAUUGGCCAAGGAGCCGGCGUACAGCUUCCGGGUCAUGUGGCCAGAAUGACUAAGCCACUUCUGGCAAACCAGAGCAACGCACAGAAACGCCGUUUACCUUCCUGCCGGAGCGGUACCUAUUUAUCUACCUGCACUUCGUGCUUUCGAACUGCUAGGUUGGGAGGAGCAGGGACCGAGCAACGGGAGCUCACCCCAUCGCGGGGAUUCGAACCACCGACCUUCUGAUUGGCAAGACCUAGGCUCUGUGGUUUAACCCACAGCGCCACCCGCGUCCCUUAUGAUUAAUCAUAUCCAAAGUCUUACUUACACCAAGGGUUCCCUACAUGAUCAUUACAAGCAGCUGAUUCUGCUUGUGUUGCAGCCCAUGGAAGUGGCAAUCAGCGGCCACAGGAGAGCGGGCCUUUUCUGCUGCAGUGUCUCUAAAUUCUCCCUGAGCUUUGGCAAGUGCCAACACUGACGAUGCUCAGGUGUCUUUUAAAAGACCUAAAGGCCCGCUCCCAGACCUUUAUAUCUCACUAUAUUAGAAUUUUAUAUCUGUCCUAUUUGAGAGAGAGAAAACGAUAGCCAAACGAAAUUGUGAGCAGGAUUUGAAUAAGAGACAAGGAAAGGAGAAUAAAUAAAUGAUUGUAAUAUAAGGUACAAUAGAAAAUAAAUGGCAGUUAUGGCAGCAGAUAAAGGAAUACAAUAGGAACAUCCCGGACGUAAGGAUGGGAAGCCAAAAUGUAAGGAUUUAUUAUAUUGAAAGUGAAUUGAAUAAUGUCAAAUUAUAAAAAAUAUAUAAUAAUGUCAAAUUAUAAAAAAUUACAAAAAAAUUAUUUUAAAAAUGAAUUUUAUUAACUCUGCCUCAGUUUUUCCCUUUAAAAUUUCCUUCCUGUAUUCUAAUAUUUCCAUAUGUAGUUUAAUGUUUUUGUGCACGUGGCUUUAACUGCACACUGUGCGAAGGAGUACCACGCCUGCUAUCUGCCCUGAAUCCGCUGACAUCCUGCUUCCUUGGAUGACCUCGACUUGUAGCAUUCUGAUGAGAGAGGUCCCAGGUUCAGUCAUUCCCCCUCUAGUUGAAAGGAUCAAGUAAAAAAAGUGAUGGUAAAAAACAACAACUCUGUCUCGGACUUAGAGAGCCACAGCCCAUCAGAGUAGUCAGUGUUGAGCUACGUGGAUAAAUGAUCCAUUAUUUGCCAGCUUCCUAUAUAUUCUUGUGCAACUAAUCCUCCCCGUAUCACAGCUGGAAGGAGUUGGAAAUCCAAUGGAAGCUGUUUUUUAACACACACACACACACACACGUUCUAGAAUGAUGGUGUGUAAUAAUGCUGAGUCUGAGCUCAGCAGGCAUGGCAGCUAUGGAAUUAUUACCAUCAUGCCUUAUUGCUUAGAAGAUUUGUUCCCCAGUUUUCUGGAGUUUGAGUUCCAGAUGGAGAAGAGAAGCCGGAAACCGAUCCGUUACCCACCAAUUAGCAAAAGGCUUUCGUUUCUCUGGAGAGAGGUAGGGAUAGGAAGGGCAACUGCUCCCCACCCCUUACCCAUGCCUUGAACAUAAUAAUUAUAAUAAUAAUUUAUGAUUUAUACGCUGCCAAUCUGACUGGGUUACCCCAUCUGCUCUGGGCGGCUUCCAACAAAUUAAAACAACAGUAGCACAUAAAGACUUCCCGAUACAGGGCUGCCUUCAGAUGUCUUCUAAAAGUUGUGUGCUUGUUUAGCUCCUUGGCAUCUGGUGGGAGGGUGUUCCACAGGGAGGGCGCAACUACCAAGAAGGCCCUGUGCCUGGCUCCCUGUAACUUCACUUCUUGCAGUGAGAGGACCAGAGGGUCCUCAGAGCAACAACAGCAUCAAACAUUAAGCAAUCAAACAUUGUGAUUAGCACUGCCAAAAACGACAGCCUAGAAAUAUUUUAAAAAUAGCUAAAUAUACAAUAAAUAAAUCCCUCCACACAGAAAAUUAGGUGUUAGGGAACAGGGCUGCUGAUUAGCCAUCUCCCUGAUAACCUAGGUUUCUGUGUUCAAGGAUUGAUUUUGCGUGAGCCCCCUCUCACCCAGAAACAGGUCUCGCUGUCUCUUCUCUGGUUUUAGGCAGAGAGGGGCUUCUCUGCUGUUUCACAGCCCCUCCCAAGUUUUAUUCUAACAAGUUACCUGUGAUUCCUGCAUGACAGGGGGUUGGACUAGAUGACCCCUGGGGGUACCUCUACAAUUAUAUGAUUCUAAGUUGAUUGUGCUUCUUUUUCAGGAGGAGGCUUCUCUUCAGAGGCGGCAGCAGACGGCCAAGCAGGGACUGACAGGGAAGGCUGUGAGUUCCUAUAGCCAACUGUUUCAGAGGUAAGGAAAGGCAUGGGAAGGGGCUGCAAUGAGCUGGAGCGGGAAGGAGGCGUCUUCCGUGAUCCCAGAGCUCUAAGAAACCAGGAAGUGAAGUAUUUACGCUCAUUGACUGGGGAGCUUGGCAACCACACACCCCAAGCCACACUCUGCACUAUUAAUUCCCGACCACUUUUGUCGGAGGUGCUGAAGUCUUGAUCCCUUCGAGGUUUUUGCAGACAACAAACUGCUUGUUUUCCAAAUAUUUUUCAGAACACAUGAAGGACAAAACUUGUGGUGGGAUUUGAUUUCUUAAAAGAUGUAUUCAGAAAUAACAACAACAACAACAACGAUCAAUAAUAGCAAUUAUAUUAACAACAACAACAACAAUUAAUUUGUACCCCACCUAUCUCACUGGGUUGCCCCAGCCACUCUCUCUGUUGGAUUCUAACACAGAGGAGUCUCCCUCGUCUGUCUGUUUUCUCAUUUUUACAUUUCUUGCUUGGGAAGAGGGCUACAUUUCAUCAGGAGGGAUGGAGGACAAAUUCAGUUUCAUUUUCAUGAGAAACUACCUGAUCUGCACUUUCCAAAUGCAAUAGAUGGACCAACACACAGCCUCCCUUCAAAAUGUGCACUUAACCGAAUUCUGCAAUGCCGUUCUCCAGUAAAACAAUAUGUACAAAAAUACAUAUAUUAGUGAAGCUAAAACACACACACACACACACACACACACACACACACACGUUAUGGGGAAUUGCUUGCCAAAAUCUGUAUAUUAGAGAAAACGGCAACUAAAAAUGGGUGUGUUGAAAGAAAUUUGCACUAAAAUGCUGACAAGUUUUCAUGAAUAAUAUUUUUUUUAAAUCACAAAUUGCUACAGGAAUGUGCAGAACUGAAUUUAGGACUGGCAAAAUAAUAAUAAUAAUAAUAAUAAUUUAUUCAUACCCCGUCCAUCUGGCUGGGCUUCCCCAGCCACUCUGGGCGGCUUCCAACAAAACAUUAAAAUACUGUAAUACAUCAAACAUUAAAAGCUUCCCUAAACAGGGCUGCCUUCAGCUGUCUUCUAAAAGUCUGGCAGAUGUUCUCGUUGACAUCUGGUGGGAGGGCGUUCCACAGGGCGGGUGCCACCACCGAGAAGGCCCUCUGCCUGGUUCCCUGUAACUUGGCUUCUUGCAGUGAGGGAACUGCCAGAAGGCCCUCGGCGCUGGACCUCAGUGUCCAGGCUGGAUGAUGGGGGUGGAGACGCUGUUUCAGACUGGCAAAAUAGGAAACAGAGAAACCAAAACUGACUGAGCCAUCCAUUCCUGGCUUUGUGCUGAUGGAGUGGGAAGGAACCAACUUCAGCAAGUGCUGCAGGAUAGGGACACCUCAACCAUUAGGCAGAGUGAGGUAGCCGCUACUUAGGUUCUCAUUGCCAGGUAGGGAGAGAUGCACUUACGGGAUUUUCAGAUGCUCAAAUAACUUAGCAGCCCUUGGCACUGUACACUUUACCUUGGUGGUGGCCAUGGGGCGCUAUGUGCUGCUCUGUCUCAGGCAGCAAAGCAUCUUUGCCCUUCCGUGCCAUUAACCUGACUUACACCUGUUGCCAAAUUUAGCUUCCUUUUGGUGCAAAACCUAGCAGGCACGAAAUACUGCCAGCUUUUGAUGAGCUCUCUUAUUCAGAAAAGCUGCUCUUGCUUUGAAUUUGUUUUCCCCGAGACUCUGGUUGAUUGGAGCACUCUCUGUGAACGUUGGGGGUCAGAGAGGAAGUCCGUCUCUCUGAAAAGUAAUUGCAAAAAGCCUCAAUAGAUCUCUGCCUUUCCCCUCUUUCUCCUUUCCCUGGCUGAGCUCUUGGGGGGUGGGGGGGAGGGAAGAAAAAUCAUCUGCUUUGAUUUAGAACACAAUGGCCUCUUUCACGGAAAAUAGUUCUUUGCUCCUGGAGUUCAGUGGCUUCGCGGUUCUCCAUCCAGCCAUUCUGUUGCCAAGAGACAGAGGGGCGGCUUUCUUUAUCGAGAGCUCUCUGCAAGACAAAGGUUUGAGUUCCUUCUCCCUGUCCCUUGUGGGCACCGCAGCACAGAACGAAUCUAAUGUCACUUGAUUAGUCAGGGUGCUAAUGGGCUAAAGAGAAGGCUGCCUCCGCAGGGUCAUGUCUACUUCAAACAUAAGUGGGAAAUGAAAAACAUUUUGCACACCUAUCUGAGAAACGCCGUGUAAAAAGGUCUCCGCCGCCUUGAAGAGGGAUGGCUGUCGUCUCUCUCGUGCACUUUUGUUGAAAGUCAGCCAGUUUUCUCCUAAACAAAUGCAGCAGUUUGGAUUCCGCAGGGUGGGUGCAAAUUUGGCUGAGGGGGGCAGCUGUUUGCAUUUUGAGCUCUAUUCAAGGUGUGAGUAGUAACAUGCAAAGCCCGAAUGGCUUGGGACCCAGGUACCUAAAAGGGCGUCUCUCCCAGUAUCAAGCAACUCAGGCCCUACGAUUGGUGGGGGAGACAAGGGAGACACUGGCUGGUUGGCUCUGACCCAUGGCAGAGCCUUAUCUGUGGUGGCUCCCCGUGGCCUCCCUAGGGGAGAUGCUUCAAUCUCACGCAUUAUUAACAUUCAGGAACAACUCAAAAAUGCUCCUGUUUAUCCAGGCAUUUGAUGACUGAAAAAUGCUGCUCCUGGCAACCUUGAUAUUAUAAGCUUUGUGGUCAUAUGAUUGUUUUUUGAUGUUUAAAACACAUGUUCAUUUUAUUUUAAUUGUACUGUUUUAACGGUUUUGCAUUGGCCACCCAGAGUUCCUAUGGGGUGUAAAUUUAACAAAUGAUAAUGCUGAUACCCGCUUCAGUGCUGCUGGCCUUUCACUAGGCAGGGGUUAGAUCCUGGGGGCCAGUCGUGGCCUGAGCCCCCCCCUUCCCCUCUGUUGGAAGGUAGAGCUGUGUGCCGCAUGGUCUACAAUUCCCAUCAUUCCUAGCUAACAGGACCAGUGGUCAGGGAUGAUGGGAAUUGUAGUCCCAAAAACCUGGAGGGCCAGAGUUCGCCUAUGCCUGGUCAAGUCUGUGCUGGAAGAUGCUGUCCUCUCGCUGGGAGUAUUGACGUAAAUUCAACUGCUACCCUGUUGGCUCUUGUGUGUGCACAGGGGGGGUGUUAUCUUUUCCUUUGCCCUCAGGCCACCCUGAGCAUCAGAAUUCAUGAAGAGAUCAAAAGUGUGAACACCAUUUGAUCUCUCCCCACGAUAGCAAAGCUGGUUAGCAAGUAUUAAUAGUAUUCCCCGUACUAUGCCACUGUAGUAAUUUCAUGCCUGGUAGCAAUUCCAGCCUACUGGAGGUGAUUGGCACCCUUUGGAAUGAGUACAUCGUCCUCACAAGCAGUAGUACAGGCAUCUUCCAACAUGCCAGCCAGCCAUGCUCCCCCAGCUUCUACAACCAUAAAGCGUGCAAUUAUAUGCCAUGCAUAGGGUUCCCUCUGGCGUUAGACCUACUCAGAGAGCCAAUGUGGUGUAGUGGUUAAGAGCAGUAGUCUCGUAAUCUGGGGAACCGGGUUCGCGUCUCCGCUCCUCCACAUGCAGCUGCUGGGUGACCUUGGGCCAGUCACAUUUCUCUGAAGUCUCUCAGCCCCACUCACCUCACAGAGUGUUUGUUGUGGGGGAGGAAGGGAAAGGAGAAUGUUAGCCGCUUUGAGACUCCUUAAAGGGAGUGAAAGGCGGGAUGUCAAAUCCAAACUCCUCCUCUUCCUCUUCUCUUGAGUAGACCAUUGACACUGAUAGACAUGACUAUGCUUGGUCCAUUAAUUUGAGUGUGUCUGCUUGGAGGGAAACAUUGUUGGAAUCAGCCUGUAGUUAAUUUAUGGCUUUCUUAAUAAUAAUUCUCUGCCUUGAACUGUGGCGUCCAGUAAGUAGCCCAGCUGGCUUUAAAGGGGGACUGGACAAAUUCAUGGGUGGUCGAUGGAGUCACUAAUGGACAUAGGCUGUGACAGCUACCUGGAAUCUCCUAUGUUCAGAGAAGCAUCAGUUGUUGGGGAGCAGCAACAGCAGAGGGCGAUUGCCUUUGCAUCCAUUCCCGCUUGUGGGCUUCCUGGAGACACCUGGCUGGUUACUGUAAACUGGAGUCUGAGCUGGGGGGAAACUUUGGCCUGAUCUACCAGGGCUCUUUGUACAUUCGUAUGAGUGACUGCAGCAGCGGCAAAGCGUUCCCUAUGGACAGCCAUGCAAGCUUACUAACUUGCCUAGCACCAUGGAGAAGCACAAACUGUUGUCUUUGGAUAAACAGCUAUUCACCUCCCCUGUGACCGCCUGGAAAUAAUCUGCCUGCUAAAGGAAAGAGCACAGGGGUUUCUGCGAAUCUGUUCUGUGUGCGGUGCCAGCGGACCUCUGCAUUCUCCCCCAUAUCCUUUCGCUUGUUUUCUAAGCUGCGGUAGAGGAAGGUGGGAUAUAAACAAAUGCCCCAACUACAACAACGUGGCCCCAGUGUGCCUUUUCAAAGCAGAGAACUCAGUUUGACGCAAUUUAGUUAAAAUAAUUUAAGCCAAGGCACCUUUGGGGCAAUUGGAAUAGUAAAUUGUUGACGUGCCUAUAGCUCUGUUCAAACUGUCCAUAGAAAUAGCAUUAUUUGUCAGCUUAAUGUAUUUGCUAGUAAUUAUUUCUUUCUCCUAUGGAAAGAUGCUUCCCUCAAGCAUCUGGUUGGCCACUGGCCUGAUCCAAUGGGCUUAUAUUCUUAUAUUCUUACAUUUAAAAUCCAUUUCUGUCACCCUCUGGAAGAAUGUUUGUGUCACCAACAUGGCCCUGUAAUGUUUUGCCUCCUUGCAGGGCAGUGAUGGGGAAGCUGAGCCCCCCCGGAUGAUGCUGGACUCCCAUCAGCCCCAGCCAACAUCACCAGUAAUCAAGGAGGAGGAAUCCAGCAGCAUUCAGAGCGUCACAGGUUCCCCAUUCAUGAUGUUGUUGGCAUCUGUCUGUCUCAAAAGACAAUGGGGUGCGCCUUCAAGGGUGAAGUCAGCACCAAAGUGACCUCACUGGGGCGCCAGCCUGGGCAGUAUGUCUGGAGGUCCUGGGCUGCCCAGGCGACAAGACCCCCUACUUUGCCUUGCUGUUGUGGCCCAAAGGAAAGCGGAGCGAGGCGUUUGGCACCAGCUUGGCUGCAGCAGUUGCCAGAAGGAGUUGUACAAGGCAGCAUCCAACCGCCUUAGGGACUCCACUCAAGAUUUGUGUAGGGUUUGGCUCCUGAGCCUUUUCUUCUCCCGAGGAUGUCCCGCAAGGCAGCAGAGGCUUCCUUCUCCUAGAUGCGCUACCUUCCAUGUAGACAAGCCCUAUGUAAGGGUUCAGAAAAAUCGCUGUUUGGAAAGAAGAUGGCUGUGCUACCCAACUGAUGGGAAUGAUGAAAACUGCUCUUGCAGAAAAGCUUGGAGAGGCAUGUUGUUGUUUAGUUGUUUAGUUGUGUCCGACUCUUCGUGACCCCCUGGACCAGAGCACACCAGGCACUUCUGUCUUCCACUGCCUCCCACAGUUUGGUCAAACUCAUGCUGGUAGCUUCGAGUACAGUGUCCCACCAUCUCGUCCUCUGUCGUCCCCUUCUCCUUGUGCCCUCAAUCUUUCCCAGCAUCAAGGUCUUUUCCAGGGAGUCUUCUCUUCUCAUGAGGUAGCCAAAGUAUUGGAGCCUCAGCUUCAGAAUCUGUCCUUCCAGUGAGCACUCAGGGCUGAUUUCCUUCAGAAUGGAUACGUUUGAUCUUCUCGCAGUCCAUGGGACUCGCAAGAGUCUCCUCCAGAACCAUGGAGAGGCAUAGAGCACCCAUGAUAAGUCUGGGGAUACCGCACUGCAGCCCCUCCAUAGGCCCCCUCCACCCACUGCAGAAAAUGAAAUUAUCUAGUAAAUCCCAAUGUUCUGUUCUCCCAACAAAAGGGAACCAGACAGAGGGCCUUCUCAGUGGUGGCGCCUGCCCUGUGGAACACCCUCCCAUCAGAUGUGAAGGAAAUAAGCAGCUAUCUUAGCUUUAAAAGACAUCCUGAAGGCAGCCCUGUUUAGUGAAGUUUUUAAUAUUUAAUGCUGUAUUGUUUUAACACUCAAUUGGAAGCUGCCCAGAGUGGCUGGGGAAACUCAGCCAGAUGGGCAGGGUAUAAAUAAUAAAUUGUUGUUGUUGUCAUCGUUGUCAUUAGGCUAAACGUGUCCAAACUAUUUGAUCUCUUUAGCAGUCGUUCCCCCCUGCAGAAUCCAAUAUAACACCUACAAAAUCACUGGGUUGUAGGAGACCCUGGGAGCCAUAUCAUUCAACACCAUUGGUACAACAUAGGGAAGAGGGGCCAGGGUUGUCACUGUGAAUUGGGGAUGUUAUGCUAAGGGGUCAUCACACUGGAAAGAAGGGAAUGAAUCUUGACUUUCUCUCCGAUGCACAUAACAGAGAGAAGUCCUCAUAUACUUCCUUAUGUGUCAUUCCAGCUAUUUUGACGGCACCUCCGCAGCAGUUGGCUUAUCACAUGCUCGGUUUUUGGAACCCCCAUCUCAGGUUUCGAGGUUGUCACCCAGAAAAGACAGCAGCCCAGAUCGUGGUGUCCCACCCGCUAGCCCAGACCGAAGGUGGGUAAGGGCAAAAGUGUUCGUUGACAAGGGGCGAGGUGGGCAGGUUCCCCAUCAGGCAGGUUCUGCCAUAGAACCUUGCCUGGAGUGCAUGCCUGGAUCCUAAUGGCUCCUCCGGUUUCAUCAGGGACUGAUUUCUUCCCUGUGGAAACCCCUUUCAGAGGAGCAGCCCAGCCAGUCUGGAGCAGCAAAAAAUAAAAGGCGGCUUUGGCACAGAAACCAAACUGGCUUAGUGUGGAAUGAGCUGUCACAGACAGUAUCCCGUUUCAUCUGAUGCAAUCCAUGACUUGAGUUGUAAUUGAAUAUAAAUGCAUUCUGUAACCUACCAAGGCCAGCACCUGGAAGGGCUGGCACGCUUCUUUUGGCUUGGUUGAAGCUACUACUAGCCUUAAGGGCAGGAAGGGUGCCCAGGGAAAUCCCCGAUGAUCCCCACAUCUCCAUGACAACUCCUUUCUCUGGCCCAUUCUGCCUUCUUGCUCUCUUUACUCAGUUUAAAUUUGCCAGCUGUAAAGAUCUCUAAGCCGGCUGAAGCCUGCGUCAUGCGGGAGGUCCCUGCAUUUGUUUGUAUCUGGGGAAACAAAACCUUCCUUCCUUUCCAUUUCCUCACCUUAAGGUGUUUUAACUCUGCAAGCGCCUGCACUUAGCACUCUUAAUUGUUUGUGAGAAAUCAACUGUGAGCCAAGCUUGCAAGGAAGCAGGCUGCAUGCACUCAGUCAUUCAUUCAUUGUGUGUGUGUGUGUGUGUGUGUCCCAACUGCUGUGUGAACUUGUGCUCCACAAAGUGAAGAUCUGCACCCUAAGGUGGUGCAACAGCUGGCCAAAGGGAUGCAGAAUAUUCAGCCUUCCUGUCUUCUACUUUGCAUGUGAGUUUUGAUUGGAGCAAGAGAGAGGGUGGCUCAUCCCAUUUGAGAAUGCAGGGAGAGCCAUGCUGGGUCAAAAGAAUGGCCAGUCCUGCCUCCUGUCCAGCCAGGCACCACCAAGCUCCCUGCAAGCUGCCAGUCGGAAGCACCCCUUUCCUAAUCAACAUAUUCACCCUUCGUUUUCAAUUUCAUGCUUCCAUUGCUUGGGACUGAAGAGCAAGUAAAACAAAAAAUCAGUCCUGGUAAGUUUGUGCGAAAGCAUGCGAAGAUGUGAAGCUUGUUAAUAGAGGUGUGAUGUUGUUGUUUUGUGAACUAUUUUUAUCAUGCCUGCGCGGCUUGCCUGGGGAAUUGUGGGUCUCUUCCCCCCCACACACAAAAAAUCUUGGAGCCUCCAGCAUUUUCUAAACCAAAGGGUCAUAAUUCCAAGCCUGGAGUUCCUGAUGCAGAGAGCGAGGGAUGCGGCGUCGUAUGGGUGCUCCAUUGCUCCUGCACAGUACAUGUACUAGGGAUGGGGAGGGAAAUGGAUUUAGAUUGCAUUUAAGAGCACACCUCAUUCAAACUUUCCAAAGCAAUACACAAGUCGAAACAUGGCCAUGUUUCAAAAUUUGUGUUAUGUUAGUGAAAAUAUGCAAAAAUAAGUGCUAUGUUAGGGAAUGUUGCUUUGCAAAAAUGUGAUUAGGCAAAAUUCCAUACACAAACAUGUGCAAUAGGAGAAAUUAACACUAGAAUUCUGAUAAAUCUUUUGAAAAAUGGAAACUGGUGUGGAUUCCUGGAGAGCUGAGCUUACGAUUGGAAAAAUAACCUGAGAGAAACCGAAAUUGCCAGAUUCACCCAUCUCCAUUGGCUCAGUAGGAUGGGAAAUGCAGGAAGGAAAAAGGAGCUCCAGGCAGUGAACUGGGCGAUGGUGGGAGGGAGGGACUGGCUUUAAGGUAUCCCUGCCUGUGGCACUUGCUCAUUCGACUUUACCAAGGCUUGCAGUUCUACAUCUGGCGUCAGUUCGACUGCAGAAGAAAUCUCGGCACUCACCCUGGUAAUAGAUCUGGGGGUGCCAGUGAAGCAGAAGUGAACCAAGGAGUCCACAGCAGGAUCCCCUUGCUCUGCUCCCCAGCUGGCUGGAGCACAUCUCUUGAUUAUGCACAGCUGAUCUAAGUAUGGAGUGCCUGGCGCCUUCCAGCUGCUUUGGAUUACAACUCCCAUCAACCCCGCAACCACGUGCUUUGUUGAGCCUGAUGGGAGUUGUAGGCCAGAGCAUCUGGGGAGGCACUAGGUUGGCACAGACUAUUCUGAGCACACCCUGGCACUCAUGUGGCAGUGCCAAGUCGGAGGGGUGUAACGUCUCAGGCAGACUUGGGUGUUGUUGCAAGAUUCUGCAAGUCGCCCGAGUUGCAAAGUACGUAUCAGUUUUCUUCUUCUGCUUGCUUGUUUGCUGUUUUGUUCAUGAGAACCAAACUUUCCUUUCCCAGCCCCAGAGAGGCACACGGCACACCAAGAUAUUCGCUCAGCCUUUCGCCAGGAGCACUUUCAUCUAGAAGCACGGCUUCUCAGCUGCCGCCCGCUGCCCCGGUUCCGUCAGCCGAGGAGGAUGGUGAGCAGGAAAACAGGAAAGGUGGGAGUGGAGCAAAAACUUUGGCCAUGAGCUCUGCUGGGCCAAGAUGGAAACAGCACAUCUACAGCCCAUGGGGGCUGGUUAGGCAGCCCUUUCACCCACCUGUGAUCCAGACACAGAACCCCCUCUGCUGUUUUCAAUUUCCAAAGCAGGGCUGGGGAGCCUUUUUUCAAUCGGAAGGACACAUUCUCAAAAGGGCAACUUUGUGGAGCUCAAAAGCAGGCCUUAAAUUGCUUCGGUGUGGGUUGCAUGCCAGCCAUACUGAAGUUUCUAGCCCACUGCCCCCCCCCAUGCACACACAUCUCCAGAGAUAUUGCCACAGUUCAAAGCACAUUCCAGCCAUGUAAAGGCACUCAAGGACAGCGGGGAAAGGGUUGUGGCAGAAGGAGGAAGAGGAAGCAUGGCUUAGGGAGGUGUUCCAAUGGCCAGGUGGAGACCCCAAAAGGCUGCAUUUGGCUCCCAGGCUUGAGGUUCCCCACCGCUGCUCUAAAGAGACCAGUAGCGAAGCCAGCUAUUGGUAGGAUUCCCUGGAGCAAGUCCUGAGCCUUCAGAGCGGUUCUGCAUAGUAUGUCCCUGACUCAAAGCUAUAGGGAUACAAAAAAGAGAAGGGGCAAAUGGCAGGGAAAGGAAAUAAUCCCUGCUGCGCUGUGCUUGUGAACUUCUGCAAAGGAGUUGGCAGACCAGCCCCAAUAUCAAACUAAACACAUCUCGGGCCAAAUCCAGCAUUAGCAGUUAGGUGGCAGUGAAGUGUGCUGCUUAUUGUGAAUGACGACGUCACGCCCAAGUCCAUGCAUCGGAAAUGCUGACACACGAACCCCAAUUCACCCAUGGCAAAGAAUGAGCAUAUUUCAUGACGCAGCAGUUAGGCGCUGCACAAACGGGAAGACCCUUUGUGAAGCGGUUCUCCUUGAACAGGGUGUUUCAUUAAGGUUCUCGCUGUUGGGUGUCUGCUAGAACCAGGACUCUCCUCCCAUCUUCCCUGGCUGGGGCUGAUGGCAGCUGGAGUCUUAACCCCACAGCCGCUACUCCUGUUCUAACGGCAGCUGCUUCCUACUCAUCGGAACUGCUGACAAAUGCCAUUUUCCUUUCUUGCAGAGGUGACCCUUUCUCCCGAGUCCAAAGAGAAGAAAGCGCCCAAGCCCAAGCCUCCUUCUCCCGCCGUCCGCCAACUCGUAGACCGUCCAGGUUCCAACACCAAGCCAGUACUCCCUCCCAUUCCGUCCGGGAGGAAAAGAAACAAACCUGCAGCAGCGGAAGGGCAACCCUCUUCUCUGUUGUCUAACCCAAAGCCUUCGUCGUAGCCGUUGUCCCCUCCACCCCCAGCCCCUUCCGGGAAAACGCCGCACAAGACUCCUUCGCUUCCAAGUGCUCCUUCUCGCUGAGAUCUGCCUGCAGCUCACUUGGAACGCCUCUUGCAGGAAACAAGCCACUCAUAACAGGAUGCUUGUUUUGGGUGACAUGGGAGCCAUUCGGAGGGCAGUUGGUGGGCUAUUCCUCGCAAUUUAUAUGUACGUCUCGGAAUAUCCAAGUCCCCCCUAUGGUCAGCCAUUUGACAGGCUGUUUUAGUUUUGGUAGAUAUUUCUAAAUCGCAGGCUUUAUGGGGGUGACGGAUGGUUCAGCUGAUUAUGAUGCCUAUCAGAGCUCUUAUUUUCCCCCACACGCCCAAGGAACAAAAGUAGCUUCUCAUUUCACUAUAAAAGAUCUGAACAGCCAACGUGUCUACUGCGUUAUUUCAAACAAGCGUUUGUUUACAGUUGGUAGCCCUUGAAAUACGCCAGUUUAGUCAAUUUAUUCCUCAGUUAAAACACUGACGCAGAAUCAUCUGAGAUUGCUUUAGGUGAGUGAUAGUCCUAGAAACACUCUACAUUCAAAUGGCAGCUAUUUGAAAAUUGUGAUGGGAUCCUUCGGACCCAAGUGGAAAGGUUAGGUCAAAAUGGCUUAGCUGUGUACGAUAAUGGGAAGUAGACUCUAAGAGACAUGUAAUAUAAAAAGUGGUCCCAUUUACCUUGGAAGAAGGAAGACCAUUUUAGCAUCCAAAUAAAAAAUAAUAAAAUGCAAUCUUUUGAUCAUUC